CCAACUAUAGAAGACGUCUCCUCGGCCCUGCCUGAGACCACCACUAUCAUCACCACCACAGUCACAGUCAAGGGCCCAGUUAACACCACGGUUCCAGCAGACCCCAGGGAUGGGAGAGAGAGAGAGGUGGGUAACCCUGCGGAGGACCCCCAUGGUACAGCUGACCCCACCACCCCAGUGAUCCCUCCCACCCCCAGGCGCUUCUGUGAGGGAGCGAUGAGGAGGGGUAUCUCCUGGCCCCAGACACACACUGGAGCCACAGUGGAGAGACCCUGCCCCAAAGGAACCAAAGGUACUAUCAGGAACCGGGAGGGUGUGUGUGUGGGUGUGGGUGUGGGGGUGGGUGCGUGCGCGCAGGGGUAUGUGUUCCUCUGUGUAUGAACAUGUUAGUGUGUUUACACAUUUGUCUUUCAUAUAGCCUUCCUUACAUUAGACAAGGUGCCAAGAUGUGAUGUUCAUUACCUACAAUAUGCUAAUAGUGCCAAAUAAUCAAUUAUUCCGUGACGGAACUGUCAAAACAGACAAUAUAGGAAGAUAAAAGAAACGGUAGGUGGGGGGAUGACUUAUCAUUGUUAUUUCAAUAAUAUGGAAAUGGAAUGUAUGGAAUGCCUGACAUGAAGGCUUACAAAUAGGUAGUAACACUAUGGCAACACUGUUCAUUGUUGAGAAGAAUGCAGUAAAAUAUGCAGUACAGAGCAUCUUAUUAAUUGACAACCAGCAGUUAGACUACAAGGACACAGACAGUGAUUCCUACAGUAUAUAGCUGAAAUGUAUGAGAAUCUCUCACAGUCUAGUGUCCACUCAGUUAGACAUCACAAAGCUGGCAAUCUUCCUAGUUCCUACUGGUCAGCCAUGUUUCACAUCAUAGCUUUUUUUGACCAUGGCUGUCCUCAGUCAUUUGUUUGUCCUGCUCUACAGAGGCCAGUUAAGAGGAGGACAGGAGCAGUAGGAGGACAAAGAGUUGGCCUGGCCUCUAUUUAAUUUAUUUGUAUUGAACCUUUAUUUAAACAGGCUAUUCUCAUUGCGAUACAAUCUAUUUUGCAAGAGAUAUAACCGUGUAUUCAAGAUGGCAGUGGUCAGCAACAUCACAAAAAGUUACACAAAUAAAUGCACACAUACAAUACACAAUAAAAACAGACAAUAGAGGGUUGUGUAACUGUUGUUUGUUGUGUGUUUCUCCAGGCAUCGCCUCCUACCUCUGCACAGUAGCAGGGGAGACCUGGAACCCAAAGGGGCCCGACCUCAGCAACUGUACCUCCCACUGGGUUGCUCAAGUGGCACAAAAGGUUGGUCAGCAGUGUGGCUCCUGGGUGGCAGGGAGGGAAGGAACAAAACAACACACCAACUUUUCUCUACUUUAUCUGAAAGGGCACAGUGUAUCUGUGUUUGUAUGGCACCUUGUUGGUUGCAAGACUAAGGACGUGGUUUGCCCAUACAUACUGUAUUCCACUGAAUGACUCCUAGAUAUGAACAAAAAUGUUCUGUGAAUUUAUGUGGCCUAUAGCUAGCAGCAUUAAUAUUGAUUUGAGUUUUAAUCAGUAUGUGAAACAUUACUUGUGUACUGGUCUGACACUGUGAUGCCUAUCAUCCAAAGAUGUUGCACCAAUGACCCUGAGACCUUUCCUGCUGUGCUGUUUUCUUCCUUUCUCAACAUGAAAUCAGUAGUAUCCAUUGUUAUCACAUAGUUAACGUACCACAUUCCAGGUACGGAUCUUAAUUUGACCUGUAUUGUCGCAGCUAAAUAAUCCUGCAGCAACAGGAUUUGAACAUUUAGUCAAACAUUUUGCUUGAUUGAUGGUUAGGCUAUUAUGUGGUCAAAAUGAGGCUUCAUGGAAAGUGGAAUACUGUUAAUAUAACCUUGUGUUAGUGCAGGUUUUCAGUGAAUUUAUGUAAAUCACGAAGCUCAUCUACAUUUCCUGCGGCGCAGGAAAAUUGGUAGCAACAAAAGAGUGAUCAAAUUCAGAUCUUACAUUUAGUAAGAAACAAGUAAUUAAAAGCUUAAACAGGGCCUUUAAUAUUGCAGUUUUUUUUUCCAACUCUAGAUCCGUAGUGGGGAGAAUGCGGCUCAACUAGCCAAUGAGCUGGCCCACCACACACAGGGCCCGGUGUUUGCCGGUGACGUCAGCUCGUCAGUGCGUCUCAUGGAGCAGCUGGUUGACAUCCUGGAUGCUCAGCUCCAGGAGCUAUUACCUAAAGACAAGGACUCGACCGGGCGGAGCUUCAACAAGGUAAUAUAAAAUAAUAUAUGCCAUUUAGCAGACGCUUCAAGUACAUACUGUAAAUCUGAGUGUACAGUGCAUUCGGAAAGUAUUCAGACCCCUUCACUUUUUCCACAUUUUGUUACGUUACAACCUUAUUAUAAAAUUGAUAACAUUGUUUUCAAUCUACACACAAUACCCCAUAAUGACAAAGCAAAAACAGGUUUUUAGAUUUUGUUGCAAAUGUAAAAGAAAAAACCCUCAUAUCACAUUUACAUACAGUUGAAGUCGGAAGUUUACAUACACUUAGGUUGGAGUCAUUAAAACUCGUUUUUCAACCACUCCACACAUUUCUUGUUAACAAACUAUAGUUUUGGCAAGUCGGUUAGGACAUCUACUUUGUGCAUGACACAAGUAAUUUUUCCAACAAUUGUUUACAGACAGAUGAUUUCACUUAUAAUUCAAUGUAUCACAAUUCCCGUGGGUCAGAAGUACACUAAGUUGACUGUGCCUUUAAACAGCUUGGAAAAUUCCAGAAAAUGAUGUCAUGGCUUUAGAAGCUUCUGAUAGGCUAAUUGACAUAAUUUGAGUCAAUUGGAGGUGUACCUGUGGAUGUAUUUCAAGGCCUACCUUCAAACUCAGUGCCUCUUUGCUUGACAUCAUGGGAAAAUAAAAAGAAAUCAGCCAAGACCUCAGAAAAAACAUUGUAGACCUCCACAAGUCUGGUUCAUCCUUGGGAGCAAUUUCCAAACGCCUGAAGGUACCACGUUCAUCUGUACAAACAAUAGUACGCAAGUAUAAACACCAUGGGACCACGCAGCCGUCAUACCGCUCAGGAAGGAGACGCGUUCUGUCUCCUAGAGAUGAACGUACUUUGGUGCGAAAAGUGAAAAUCAAUCCCAGAACAACAGCAAAGGACCUUGUGAAGAUGCUGGAGGAAACAAGUAAAAAAGUAUCUAUAUCCACAGUAAAACAAGUCCUAUAUCGACAUAACCUGAAAGGCCGCUCAGCAAGGAAGAAGCCACUGCUCCAAAACCGCCAUAAAAAAGCCAGACUACGGUUUGCAACUGCACAUGGGGACAAAGAUUGUACUUUUUGGAGAAAUGUCCUCUGGUCUGAUGAAACAAAAAUAGAACUGUUUGGCCAUAAUGACCAUCGUUAUGUUUGGAAGAAAAAGGGGGAAGCUUGCAAGCCAAAGAACACCAUCCCAACUGUGAAGCACGGGGGGCCAGUAUGUAAAAUGUAUGCACUCACUAACUGUAAGUCGCUCUGGAUAAGAGCGUCUGCUAAAUGACAAAAAAAAAAGCAUGGGUGUGGCAACAUCAUGCUGUUGGGGUGAUUUGCUUAAGGACAACGAAGUCAAGGUAUUGGAGUGGCCAUCACAAAGCCCUGACAUCAAUCCUAUAGAAAAUGUGUGAGUCGAACUGAAAAAGCAUGUGUGAGCAAGGAGGCCUACAAACCUGACUCAGUUACACGAGUUCUGUCAGGAGGAAUGAGCCAAAAUUUACCCAACUUAUUGUGGGAAGCUUGUGGAAGACUACCCGAAACGUUUGACCCAAGUUAAACAAUUUAAAGGCAAUGCUACCAAAUACUAAUUGAGUGUAUGUAAACUUCUGACCCACUGGGAAUGUGAUGAAAGAAAUAAAAGCUUAAAUAAAUAAUGAUCUCUACUAUUAUUCUGACAUUUCACAUUCUUAAAAUGAAGUGGUGAUCCUAACUGACCUAAGAGAGGGAAUUUUUACUAGGAUUAAAUGUCAGGAAUUGUGAAAAACUGAGUUUAAAUGUAUUUGGCUAAGGUGUAUGUAAACGUCCAACUUCAACUGUAAGUAUUCAGACCCUUUACUCAGUACAUUGUUGAAUUAUCUUUGGCAGCGAUUACAGCCUCAAGUCUUCUUGGGUAUGACGCUACAAGCUUGGCACAUCUGUAUUUGGGAAGUUUCUCCCAUUGUUCUCUGCAGAUCAUCUCAAGCUCUGUCAGGUUGGAUGGGGAGCAUCGCUGCACAGCUAUUUUCAGGUCUCUCCAGAGAUGUUCAAUCGGGUUCAAGUCCUGGCUCUGAUAUUCAGAGACUUGUCCCGAAGCCACACCUGCGUUGUCUUGGCUGUGUGCUUAGGGUCGUUGUCCUGUUGGAAGGUGAACCUUCGCCCCAAUCUGAGGUCCUGAGCGCUCUGGAGCAGGUUUUCAUCAAGAAUCUCUCUGUACUUUGCUCCGUUCAUCUUUCGCUCGAUCUUGACCACUCUCCCAGUCCCUGCCGCUGAAAAAGCAUCCCCACAGCAUGAUGCUACCACCACCAUGCUUCACCGUAGGGAUGGUGCCAGGUUUCCAAAUAGUUCAAUCUUGGUUUCAUCAGACCAGAGCAUCUUGUUUCUCAUGGUCUGAGAGUCCUUUAGGUGCCUUUUGGCAAACUCCAAGCGGGCUGUCAUGUACCUUUAACUGAGGGUGUCUUCCGUCUGGCCACUACCAUAAAGGCCUGAUUGGUGGAAUGCUGCAGAGAUGGUUGUCCUUCUGGAAGGUUCUCCCAUCUCCACAGAGGAACUCUGGAGCUCUGUCAGAGUGACCAAUGGGUUCUUGGCACCUCCCUGACCAAGGCCCUUAUCCCACUAUUGCUCAGUUUGGCCGGGCGGCCAGCUCUAGGAAGCGUCUUGGUGGUUCCAAACUUCUUCCAUUUAAGAAUGAUGGAGGCCACUGUGUUCUUGGGGAGCUUCAAUGCUGCAGACAUUUUUUGGUACCCUUCCCCAGAUCUGUGCCUCGCACAGACCUCUCUCAGAUCUCUACGGACAAUUCCUUUGACCUCAUGACUUGGUUUUUGCUCUGAGAUGCACUGUCAACUGUGGGACCUUAUAUAGACAGGUGUGUGCCUUUCCAAAUCCUGUCCAAUCAUUUGAAUUUACCACAGGUGGACUCCAAUCAAGUUGUAGAAACAUUUCAAGGAUGAUCAAUGGAAACAGGAUGCACCUGAGCUCAAUUUAGAGUCUCACAGCAAAGGGUCUGAAUACUUACAGUACCAGUCAAAGGUUUGGACACACCUACUCAUUCAAGGGUUUUUCUUUAUUUCUACUAUUUUCUACAUUGUAGAAUAAUAGUAAAGACUUCAACACUAUGAAAUAACACAUAUGGAAUCAUGUAGUAACCCAAAGUGUUAAAAAAAUGAAAAAAUAUUUGAGAUUUGAGAUUCUUCUAGUAGCCACCCUUUGCCUUGAUGACAGCUUUGCACACUCUUGGCAUUCUCUCAACCAGCUUCAUGAGGUAGUCACCUAGAAUGCAUUUCAAUUAACAGGUGUGCCUUGUUAAAAGUUAAUUUAUGGAAUUUCUUUCCUUCUUAAUGUGUUUGAGCCAAUCAGUUGUGUUGUGACAAGGUAGGCUUGGUAUACAGAAGAUAAAUGUUAAAAAAAUAGCCCUAUUUGGUAAAAGGUGAAGUCCAUAUUAUGGCAAGAACAGCUCAAAUAAGCAAAGAGAAAUGACAGUCCAUCAUUACUUUAAGACAUGAAGGUCAGUCAAUACAGAACAUUUCAAGAACUUUGAAAGUUUCUUCAAGUGCAGUCGCAAAAACCAUCAAGCGCUAUGAUGAAACUGGCUCUCAUUAGGACCACCACAGGAAUGGAAGACCCAGAGUUACCUCUGCUGCAGAGGAUAAGUUCAUUAGAGUUACCAGCCUCAGAAAUUGCAGCCCAAAUAAAUGCUUCACAGAGUUCAAGUAACAGACACAUCUCAACAUCAGCUGGUCAGAGGAGACCUGCGUGAAUCAGGCCUUCAUGGUCGAUUGGUGCAAAGAAACCACUACUAAAGGACACUAGUAAGAAGAAGAGACUUGCUUGGGCCAAGAAACACGAGCAAUGGACAUUAGACCAGAGGAAAUCUGUCCGUUGGUCUGAUGAGUCCAAAUUUGAGAUUUUUGGUUCUAACCGCCGUGUCUUUGUGAGAUGCAGAGUCUGUGAACGGAUGAUCUCAGCAUGUGUGGUCCCACCGUGAAACAUGGAGGAGGAGGUGUGAUGGUGUGGGGGUGCUUUGCUGGUGACACUGUCUGUGAUUUAUUUAGAAUUCAAGGCACACUUAACCAGCAUGGCCCCCACAGCAUUCUGCAGCGAUACGCCAUCCCAUCUGGUUUGCGCUUAGUGGGACUAUCAUUUGUUUUUCAACAGGACAAUGACCCAACACACCUCAAGGCUGUGUAAGGGCUAUUUGACCAAGAAGGAGAGUGAUGGAGUGCUGCAUCAGAUGACCUGGCCUCCACAAUCCCCCGACCUCAACCCAAUUGAUAUGGUUUGGGAUGAGUUGGACCGCAGAGUGAAGGAAAAGAAGCCAACAAGUGCUCAGCAUAUGUGGGAACUCCUUCAAGACUGUUGGAAAAGCAUUCCAGGUGAAGCUGCUUGAGAGAAUGCCAAGAUAGUGCAAAUCUGUCAUCAAGGCAAAGGGUGGCUACUUUGAAGAAUCUAAAAUCUAAAAUAUAUUUUGAUUUGAUGUCUUCACUAUUAUGCUACAAUGUAGAAAAUAGUAAAAAUAAAGAAAAACCCUUGAAUGAGUAGGUGUGUCCAAACUUUUGACUGGUACUAUAUGUAAAUAGGGUAUUUUAGUUUUUUAUUUGUAAUACAUUUGCACACCAAAACAAACUACAGUUUUUGUAGAUUGAUGAUGAUAAAAAAAAAAAAAAAACAUUUUAGAAUAACGUAACGUAACAAAAUUUGGAAAAUGUGAAGGGGUCUGAAUACUUUCCGAAUGCACUGUAUGUGACCCCAGGUAGGCUAGUUAAGUUGAGCACCAUAUACUGUAUAAACAUGCGUGUAUAUAUCUGGGUGGGUAGUAUUCCCUCCUCUCCUGCCCUCCCUGCCCCUCCCGUUGCCCCCCUCAAGGUACUCUCACUGCAGAAAAUUAAAUUUUAGCAAGUCAUUUAUCUUAUUUUAAGAUAUUUACCUUAUUAAGACGAUUUAAGGUAAAAUAUCUUGAAAUAAGAUAAAUUAUCUGCCGAUGACGUUAGAUAAUUUAGCUUGUUAAGAAAAAACAAGAAAAACCCACAAAUGUAAAGCUAAUUAUAAGUCACUCAUUAACCCCCAACACCCACCCACCCCUCCACAACCACAAGUCUUCCUCCAGGUGAGGUGGAGGAGGGAGUGAGGAAAGGCAGCCCCAGCCCUUAGGGGGAGCUGUGGCUGCGGUGAGGGAGGGAGCUCAUUCUUCCAGCCCCACCUUUUCCUAGAAAUGACUGGGUUCUAAAAUGCAGCUUUCUCACCUGGCAGCUCUGACUAAGAGCUAAUGGAUAGCAGCCCCCUGCUAGCCAACACAUAAUAACUCUCCUCUCUACCACCAGACAGGCAAGAACAGAGCUGCCUUCCCUCCUCCAGAGCACUUACCAUGUCUCUCUGAGUGAAGGGCCCAAGCACAAAUCUGCCACAGUCAUAUGGAGAAAUGAAUGACAGUUUUACAGUGUUAUUCAGAACGCAAAGGUGAAAGCUAUCCUAAAAGCAAAGUGGAUUUUGGCGUAGGGUUUUCUUUGUUACCUUUGUAGCUAGUCCUAGACUGAACCUUUCUGUCUAUGUUCUGGCUGUACUGUCUUACAACAGCACAAUGCUAUACUCCUGCAGCCACGACUUAGCUAGCUGUGGGAAUAAUGAACCAGUCUCUUUUGACUGAGACAGACCAACAAAGGCUCUAAAAUAAAACCAAGAGCUGGCAGACUGUUAUAACCUCAGUGCCAUGGAAUCCAAAUUACCCUCUCCUACUUUGUUUAUUGUCUCAAUUCUCGGUUCGUUUAGAACCUAACAAUUAUCUCAGUGCUUUAUAAAGCAUCGUUAAUGCAAAGCAUAGGAAUUUAAUCUCAGCAAUUCCCCCUCUACAACGCUAUGCUGUGCAGCUUUGUCUCGGCCAGCAAAGCCCUUGUAGUUAUGUAAGCUAGAUACAUAUUCAGAUACUGCUUCCGAAACACAUUUAGAAUGUGCUUCAUAAUAUAUUAUGAGCAUCUUAUUUCAUCUACCUAACAUAAGGUUUAUACAUUAUCAUUUCCUUCCUGAUUCGAGUUGGGUAAGUGGUAUAUUUUAGGAUAUAUGUUUUCUAAAGACAUAGACUAACCUCUUUCUUUCCCCUAAGCUUUUUGCUUCCUAAUAGUGUGUCUCUUGUUCUUGAUCCUGUCUUUUUGUUAAAAAGCUUCAAAAGAGAGAGAGGACUUGCAGGGCAUAUAUGAAGGUAUACCUGCUGGUUCCACAUAGACACCUCUACCUCUUAAAGUAUCCACAAUAUGAUCAGUAGUGUUGGUGUUGCUCUGUCUGUGUCUGUCUGUCUGUCUGUCUGUCCGUGAUUAUCUGCUGGCUUGUCUGUAUGCACAACAUGGCCACCUGUCUCUCUGCUUGUGCAUCUGCCAGCCUGUCUUUCUGCCUGUGUUUGUUAGCCUGUCGGUAUGUCCAUCGAUCUCAAUACCUCUCUAGUCACCUGUCUGUCUGUCUGUCUAUCUGCCUGCCUGUCUGUCAGUCAAUAUGUCUUAUCUUUAAUAUCUCUCCUUCUAUCACUUAUCACUCUCUCCAUCCCCCUCAUUCCCCAUCCCUCUCUCGAUCCCUCCCUCCCUCUCUCCUAUCUGCUCCUUGUGCGUUGUAUGAGUAAUUGCCUUCCCACGGCCGUAAUUGUACCUCCCUGUCACCCAUAAGUGUGAUCAAAGUGGCAGUGUACCCAGUUUUUCACGUGCUUACAUUUUACCAGUGUCUUCUUGUUCUUCCUCUCGCUGACAUUUUUGUGUUUGUCUGAUGGAUUCAUGUUCAGUCCCAUUAAUGUGUUUGUGUUCAUAUCGGAUUUGUUGGGUCUUUUUAAUUCCUUUCUCUCUCCAUGUCAUUUUCCUUUCCUUCGAGUUUAUAAUCUGAGAGCAGGUCCUGUUGAAAGAAGUGGCUCUGGCGUAAACAAACAGUGGGCCUGCCUUGCACGGCACAAACCAGCUAUCUCAGACCUUGUGUCUCUCUCAUCAGCCUCUCUGUUCGACUGGUGGGAGCAUUCUUCACCAUGAUGAGUUAGGGCUGUUUUUACUGAGGUCUCUUUUACUGUGAGAAAUGGGGAUAUGUCUCCGUCAACUUGAUUUAAGGCUGUCUUCUUUAUGCAUCACCAUCCAUCAAUAGGCAAUGUUAGUGAAGUCCGCACGACCACCAUUACCCAAGCAUUUCCUCCUCGCUGUGGGGCAUCUUGGGUAACACCCUUGUGAUUGUUGUGUUGUGCGACCUCCACCCAGGCGAGAAUAAAAGAGGACUCAAUCAGAACAGUUUUUUUUAUUUUAACACGGCCACAAAUUGGAGACAUGGAUUUGUUUAGUUUUUUGUUCCUCCUUCACGCCUAUAAGGGGGGUUCUCACCAGGAGGGAGGACCGUUGAGUGUUUCUCUGUUUGUCUGGGGUGUAAUGGUCCUAGCCCUGUAAUCACUACUGCUACUCUGACCCCCCUCUCCUCUCUCUGACCCCUCUCCCCUCUCCUCUCCUCUCUUCUCCGACUCUCUUCCUCUCUCCUUUCCUCUCCUCUCUCCUAUCCUCCCUAUCCCCUCUCUGACUCCCCCAUCACAGUCCAAUAAAGGACACACCAGUAGCGUUUGCCGGCCGAGAGUAAUUAGCACCUUUGAACAGAGUGCAUGCUGUAAUUUGCGCAGUCAGACAUCCACCAGCGGGUGGUCCCUAAAACGCAGCGUGCCGAGCGAUCAGCAGACAUACAGCAAAUCAACAUUAUAUGUUGUGUGUGUGGUCCUUAACAGAGGCUCUAUCUAUCCCUUCUGAAGGGUCAGCAUUCCCCCAUAGAGAGACACAGACAGAGGCUAUAGGUAUCCGAUUCAGAGCUGGGCUGUAUGCCUAUCAUAGCUCUAGGUAAUAAUGGCAGCCAUGCUGUGUGGUCGGUUUACAUGUUGUGGUGAUUGGUUAAUAAUCGGUCUGGUUUGAUAGCGAGGGACUACAGGGUUUAAUUAAUGAUGUAUAUAAACCCUGGAUUGCUGAUGCAAUGUAUUGGCACUCCCCAGUAGGAGCAGUCCUCCAUAGGAAUGAAUGGAAUUCUACAAUAUUUCAAUUAAAUGUUUCAAGGACAAAAUUACAUGUAUUGAAGUAUUUUGUUGUUGUAGUGGGCACAGUAACAUUAGUAAUCUAAAAAUAUAUAUACUUUAAGGAAAAUGUUUUUAUAUAUUUUUAUGUUUAGCUCACACAAAAUAAUUUAAAAGUAUGCAUUAAGGUGUCUGUAAUAAAAUAAAUGUGUCAAAAACAAAUAUAGAUAUUAGUAAAUGCAUUUCUAUAGCUUCCAAAAUAUUUUUUACAAUGGUGGGGGAGUGCCAAGAUGGAAGCACGGUGGCUUCAACAAAUCGCCCCCAUCAGUCAUCUAGUGUAUCUAUAAAUCAUUGGGUUUAAUCCCCCAAAUGGUUAAUCCAGGCAACAGGGUAAUUGUGCCUAUGGUCAAUUAGUGUGUGUGUGUGUGGAUGAUAAUCACAGCUUUGCACUAAUUGGUACAGUGAGUGACUUUUUAUUUUUCCUAAUUACCACUAUAAUGUAGCCUGGGCCUCUGCUGUGGUUAAUGGCACCUGUGGUUAAAUUGUCUCUGGUUUAUCGGGCCAUGGGUUGAUAUGGAUUUGUGGGAUAAUUAUGCCGAUGGCUAUGUUUAUCUGUGGGGCUAGCCUAGCAUUUCUGUGUGGAUAUGAAUAUGCUAAGCUACAUGGGAGUCAUCAGUGCAGCUAGCAUUAGCAAUGUUGUGUGGAUAUAGAUAUGCUAAGCUACAUGGGAGUCGUCAGUUGGGCUGGCGUUGGUGAUGCUGUGUGGAUGUAGAUAUACUAAGCUACAUGGGAGUCAUCAGUAGGGCUAGCGUUAGCGCUGCUGUGUGGAUAUAGAUAUGCUAAGCUACAUGGGAGUUGUGAACUCUCCUGCACAGGGUCACAGGGACCUCCAUUUUGAUCAACAUAUGAUACUUUUUCUAGGGAGGGUUUGGAAUGUUUUGCUUACUUUCUGCUUAUCAGCCAAGCAGGAAAUGAAAGGAUUGCCAUUGAAAACAAGCAGAAUUAUCCCCUUCUUUACUUCGACUGCUACCCAUGAAACAAAUGAUUUCAGUUUUUUGAUAACAUUUUCCCCUCAAGGAAGGAAAAACUGCACAUUUCAAGGCCAUUAUGACCAGAUCCUGUUAUGGAAUAUAUUCAUUGUUAGGGAAGAGGAAGAUAAUUGUUCUUUGGGAAAAGUAAGAUGUUUAAGAACAGGAACUAAGAGAGCAGUAUUGAGGAAGAACUGCUCCAUUCAUUUGAAAAACAUUUGGUUUGUGUUCCAACUUCCCCUCUGGCACAGUUUUGUUAUUCAAAAUAAAAUAAAUGGGUCUAAACCAGGGAAAUGGGGAGACAACUUCCUCUAGUUUAUAUUCUGUGACCGCCAUGCCAUCUUUAAGUGAUGUUUUAAUUUAAAUGUAUCUUCAUAUCAUCCUAUAAUGCCAGUGACCUUAUUUAUUGUAUUUUUUAGUUGUUGUUGUUGAUGUGCUUGUCCUUGCUUGCCAUCAGCAUCAUAUGCCUUCCUUGCCCCCUUUCUGUCUUCAUGCUGCAGACAGUUGUAGAAGUUAUGAGGUAUAAAAAAAGCAACAAACUCUGACAUUUGUUUCACGGAUACAGGCCAUUGUAGAUACAGUUGACAACCUCCUGAGGCCGGAAGCCCUGAAGUCCUGGGAAGACAUGAAUUCCACGGAGCAAACGCACGCCGCCACCAUGUUACUGGAUACCCUGGAGGAAGGAGCCUUCGUCCUUGCCGACAACCUGAUUGAGCCCGCUGUAGUCAAAGUGCCUGCAGACAAUAUCAGUAUGUUUAUUUUCUUCUCUCUACCCUCCCUGCCCGUCACUCAUAAAAAGGAAAAACGAGACAGACACGUCUGCCAGUUACAAUCCACAGUUUAAUUAUUAUUUUAAUUAAACUGUGGCCAUGUCUUGGAAGAAAGUUACUUUGACCUCAGUAGUAAAAUGUGCUUUUUUACAACUGUUUGUUAUGUCCAAGGAAGUGGAAGUUAACAUUCACAACAGUUCUGUAGAAACAUACUGAUGUUAGGUUCCAUUGGCUUAUUCAUUCUAGACACAGAAAAAUUAUCUGGACAGCUAUUCCUCCAGGAGAAAGGCAAAGUGGUUUUUAAAAAGACCACAUUUAGUUGAAGUCACAGUAGGAGGUUUGAUGUCUCACUCAGCGCCAGGCAAGCUAAUAUGUUCUCACAGGCAGUUUAUUAGCAAUGUGAUCUCAUUCAUUUAAGUCAGCUUUGUGCAGUGAACUGUCAUUUUCCCACACAAGCCUCUUUGUUCCAUGGUUAUGGGUUCCCCGCUCACCUUGCAAGAUAAGCUGUCCGGUCUACUCAUGGAAAAUCAAAGAAAUCAAUUGAAUAAUGUAAUAUUCUAUACGGUAGCUAUAUCCUCUAACCCUGCCUUAACCCAUUCUCAGUAAAUGGUAAAUAGAAGCAGAUAAGGAAAAGCUGAUGCACUGCAGCCUGCAAAUGCACAAUUAUUAUUUUUGUCUAUACACACCAUGAAUACUUUAAUAGUUGCAUAGUUUAUGUGCUUUAAGCACACAAGGCCUCAACAACAGAUUUCUCCAAGCUACCACCUUUUCUUACGAGAGAGAGAGAGAGAAUUUCAGAGAUUUGCUCGCUGGCGAGGCCAGAGUUAUCUGAACCCAUAGGGGGAAGAAAAAGUAAAAAACUAUGAUAUUUUUGAUCUGCAGCAGGUUGUAUGGUGGUGUGAUCUCUCUCUCUCUCUCUCUCUCUCUCUCUCUCUCUCUCUCCAUCUCUCUCUCCAUCUCUCUCUCUCUCCAUCUCUCUCUCUCUCUCUCUCUCCAUCUCUCUCUCCCUGAGGAGCUCUGUAGGCCAGGGUUACAGGGAGCAGCUUAGUGCUUUUUUUUAAAUAGUAAGUAGCGUUGGAUGGGAUAUUGAUUGAGAUUGGAUUCUGUAGCUGGAACACUGGACAUGGCUGCUCUCUUGUUUCACCCUUCCCAACCUUUAUAUCAGAGCUCUAUUAUACACUGUGUGUUGCUAUUGAAACCAAUGAUGUAUAUACAGUGAGGGAAAAAAGUAUUUGAUCCCCUGCUGAUUUUGUACGUUUGCCCACUGACAAAGAAAUUAUCAGUCUAUAAUUUUAAUGGUAGGUUUAUUUGAACAGUGAGAGACAGAAUAACAACAAAAAUAAACAGAAAAACGCAUGUCAAAAAUGUUAUAAAUUGAUUUGCAUUUUAAUGAGGGAAAUAAGUAUUUGACCCCCUCUCAAUCAGAAAGAUUUCUGGCUCCCAGGUGUCUUUUAUACAGGUAACGAGCUGAGAUUAGGAGCACACUCUUAAAGGGAGUGCUCCUAAUCUCAGUUUGUUACCUGUAUAAAAGACACCUGUCCACAGAAGCAAUCAAUCAAUCAGAUUCCAAACUCUCCACCAUGGCCAAGACCAAAGAGCUCUCCAAGGAUGUCAGGGACAAGAUUAUAGACCUACACAAGGCUGGAAUGGGCUACAAGACCAUUGCCAAGCAGCUUGGUGAGAAGGUGACAACAGUUGGUGCGAUUAUUCACAAAUGAAAGAAACACAAAAUAACUGUCAAUCUCCCUCAGCCUGGGGCUCCAUGCUCCUGAGAUGUGUGCAAACCUGCUGGCCAACUACAAGAAACGUCUGACCUCUGUGAUUGCCAACAAGGGUUUUGCCACCAAGUACUAAGUCAUGUUUUGCAGAGGGGUCAAAUACUUAUUUCCCUUAUUAAAAUCAAAAAUCAAUGUAUACAAUUUUUGACAUGCGUUUUUCUGGAUUUUUUUGUUGUUAUUCUGUCUCUCACUGUUCAAAUAAACCUACCAUUAAAAUUAUAGACUGAUCAUGUCUUUGUCAGUGGGCAAACGAUCAAAUACUUUUUUCCCUCACUGUAAACCCUGGAUUGCUGAUGGUAUGUAUUGGCCAUUGAGAGGCAUUGUAGCCACAGGUCGCAAUAGGAAUUAAUGAAAUUCUACAAUAUUUCAAUUCAAUGUUUUAAAGGAAUAAAUUACAUGUAUUUAAGUAUUUUUGAUGUUUUAGUGGGGACAGUAACAUUAGUAAUGUCAACAAAUUAUACUUUUAAGCUUUUUAUGUAUAUACAGUGGGGGGGGAAAAGUAUUUAGUCAGCCACCAAUUGUGCAAGUUCUCCCACUUAAAAAGAUGAGAGAGGCCUGUAAUUUUCAUCAUAGGUACACGUCAACUAUGACAGACAAAAUGAGAUUUUUUUUCAGAGAAAAUCACAUUGUAGGAUUUUUAAUGAAUUUAUUUGCAAAUUAUGGUGGAAAAUAAGUAUUUGGUCAAUAACAAACGUUUCUCAAUACUUUGUUAUAUACCCUUUGUUGGCAAUGACACAGGUCAAACGUUUUCUGUAAGUCUUCACAAGGUUUUCACACACUGUUGCUGGUAUUUUGGCCCAUUCCUCCAUGCAGAUCUCCUCUAGAGCAGUGAUGUUUUGGGGCUGUCGCUGGGCAACACGGACUUUCAACUCCCUCCAAAGAUUUUCUAUGGGGUUGAGAUCUGGAGACUGGCUAGGCCACUCCAGGUCCUUGAAAUGCUUCUUACGAAGCCGAAGCCACUCCUUCGUUGCCCGGGCGGUGUGUUUGGGAUCAUUGUCAUGCUGAAAGACCCAGCCACGUUUCAUCUUCAAUGCCCUUGCUGAUGGAAGGAGGUUUUCACUCAAAAUCUCACGAUACAUGGCCCCAUUCAUUCUUUCCUUUACACGGAUCAGUCGUCCUGGUCCCUUUGCAGAAAAACAGCCCCAAAGCAUGAUGUUUCCACCCCCAUGCUUCACAGUAGGUAUGGUGUUCUUUGGAUGCAACUCAGCAUUCUUUGUCCUCCAAACACGACGAGUUGAGUUUUUACCAAAAAGUUCUAUUUUGGUUUCAUCUGACCAUAUGACAUUCUCCCAAUCCUCUUCUGGAUCAUCCAAAUGCACUCUAGCAAACUUCAGACGGGCCUGGACAUGUACUGGCUUAAGCAGGGGGACACGUCUGGCACUGCAGGAUUUGAGUCCCUGGCGGCGUAGUGUGUUACUGAUGGUAGGCUUUGUUACUUUGGUCCCAGCUCUCUGCAGGUCAUUCACUAGGUCCCCCCGUGUGGUUCUGGGAUUUUUGCUCACCGUUCUUGUGAUCAUUUUGACCCCACGGGGUGAGAUCUUGCGUGGAGCCCCAGAUCGAGGGAGAUUAUCAGUGGUCUUGUAUGUCUUCCAUUUCCUAAUAAUUGCUCCCACAGUUGAUUUCUUCAAACCAAGCUGCUUACCUAUUGCAGAUUCAGUCUUCCCAGCCUGGUGCAGGUCUACAAUUUUGUUUCUGGUGUCCUUUGACAGCUCUUUGGUCUUGGCCAUAGUGGAGUUUGGAGUGUGACUGUUUGAGGUUGUGGACAGGUGUCUUUUAUACUGAUAACAAGUUCAAACAGGUGCCAUUAAUACAGGUAACGAGUGGAGGACAGAGGAGCCUCUUAAAGAAGAAUUUACAGGUCUGUGAGAGCCAGAAAUCUUGCUUGUUUGUAGGUGACCAAAUACUUAUUUUCCACCAUAAUUUGCAAAUAAAUUCAUAAAAAAUCCUACAAUGUGAUUUUCUGGAUUUUUUUCUUUCUCAUUUUGUCUGUCAUAGUUGACGUGUACAUAUGAUGAAAAUUACAGGCCUCUCUCAUCUUUUUAAGUGGGAGAACUUGCACAAUUGGUGGCUGACUAAAUACUUUUUUUCCCCACUGUAUAUUUGUAUGUUUAGCUCACAUAAUAUAAUUAAAAAGUAUGCAUUAAGAUGUCUGUAAUAGAAUAAACGUGGCAAAAAACGAAUGUAGACAUUAAUAAAUGCAUUUCUAUAGCUUCCAAAAUAUUUUCUACAAUGGUGGGGGAGUGCCAAGAUGGAGGUACGGUGGCUUCAACACAGCACCCCCAACAGUCAUCUAGUGUAUCUAUAUAAAUCAUUGAUUGAUACUUGAUCUAUCAGUAAUGUAUACCACUAACAUUCUCUUCUCCUUUUCCCUCUUGCCCCUCCUCCCUUCCCCUCUCUCUCUGCUCUUCCCCCUCUACUUCCCCCUCACCUUGUCCUCCUCAAGUGCUGGAUGUGUAUGUGCUCAGUACAGACGGCCAGGUGCAGGACUUCAGGUUCCCCCAGACCAGCAAGGGUGGAGCCUCCAUUCAGCUGUCUGCAAACACAGUCAAAGUCAACAGUAAAAACGGUAAUGGGGGGAAUGAAUAAAUGAAUGUGAUCAUGCUGAAGGAGCAUUGCCCUUCACUGAGACAGUGGCUGAAGGAUAGAAAUUAGUAGCAAUUUUAUACGUUCACAAUGCCACCAUAAAUCUUAUUCUAAUGUGUUUUUUCCCAGGUGUGGCCAAGCUUGUGUUUGUCCUCUAUAAGCACCUGGGCCAGUUCCUCAGUACAGAGAACGCCACGCUCUGGGGAGGAGGGGGCAGAGGAGGAGGACGUAACCUCUCAGACCUGACCGUCAACUCGCACAUCCUGGCCGCCUCCAUCACCAAGGAGUCCAGCCGUGUGUUCGUGUCUGACCCCGUCAUCUUCACCCUGGAGCACCUCGACGUGAGUUCCCCUUCCCCUGAGAAAAUCCUGGAGCGCUGGUGUCAGGCUGCGGUGUGAUUCAGUGCAGGGGGAAAUACUGGGAAAGGAAAUGGCAGUGUUGUCUUUAGUAGUUGGAAGAUAAAUGCCAAUGUCAUAAGAUACAGCUGCACUGUGAGCACGGCUGUAAAAUAUCAAUACAUGUGUAUACGUUUCUGUUAGUUUACAUAGAAAAUGCUACCAUGUUUAUGACAGAUUUCAAUAUACUGUAAUUGUUUAUAAUUGCACUUGGCAUGACAGACAAUAAGUAAAAAUCAAAUCAAGGUUUAUUUGUCGCUUACACAGAUUAGCAGAUAUGCACUGACUAUCUUGCACUUACCCUACGCACACUCACUAGACUAUAUAUAUAUAUAUAUAUAUAUAUAUAUAUAUAUAUAUAUAUAUAUAUAUAUAUAUAUAUAUAUAUAUAUAUAUAUACUGAACAAACCAGUCAAGUUUGGACACACCUACUAAUUUAAGGGUUUUUUCUUUAUUUUUACUAUUUUCUACAUUGUCGAAUAAUAGUGAAGACAUCAAAACUAUGAAAUAGCACACAUGGAAUCAUGUAGUAACCAAAAAAGUGUUAAACAAAUUUUAGAUUCUUCAAAGUAGCCACCCUUUGCCUUGAUGACAGCUUUGCACACUCUUGGCAUUCUCUCAACCAUCUUCACCUGAAAUGCUUUUCCGACAGUCUUGAAGGAGUUCCCACAUAUGCUAAGCACUUGUUGGCUGCUUUUCCUUCACUCUGCGGUCCAACUCAUCCCAAACAAUCUCAAUUGGGUUGAGGUCGGGUGAUUGUGGAGGCUAGGUCAUCUGAUGCAGCACUCCAUCACUCUCCUUCUUGUUCAAAUAGCCCUUACUCAGCCUGGAGGUGUUUUGGGUCAAAUUAUAGUCCCACUAAGCGCAAACCAGAUGGGAUGGCGUAUCGCUGCAGAAUGCUGUGGGAGCCAUGCUGGUUAAGUGUGCCUUGAAUUCUAAAUAAAUCACAGACAGUGUCACCAGUAAAGCACCCACACACCAUCACACCUCCUCCUCCAUGCUUCACUGUGGGAACCACACAUGCAGAGAUCAUCAGUUCACUUACUCUGCGUCUCACAAAGACACGGCGGUUGGAACCAAAAAUCUCAAAUUUGGACUCAUCAGACCAAAGGACAGAUUUCCACCGGUCUAAUGUCCAUUGCUCAUGUUUCUUUGCCCAAGCAAGUCUCUUCUUCUUAUUGGUGUCCAGGUGACUACCUCAUGAAGCUGGUUGAGAGAAUGCCAAGAGUGUGCAAAGCUGUCAUCAAGGCAAGGGGUUGCUACUUUGAAGAAUCUCAAAUAUAAAAUAUAUUUUGAUUUGUUUAACACUUUUUUGGUUACUACAUGAUUCCAACUGUGUUAUUCCAUAGUUUUGAUGUCUUCACUAUUAUUCUACAAUGUAGAAAAGAGUCAAAAUAAAGAAAAACCCUGGAAUGAGUAGGUGUGUCCAAAUGUUUGACUGGUACUGUAUAUAUAGGUAGGAAGCAUAUGUACUCUAAAGUAAUGUGUUCAUUGUUUUUAACAAUGCUUUGAAUGUUGUUGUUUAUGGUAUUUAAGAGGUUUCCUCAUGUUGCUUAUUAUUUUUAUUAUUUUUUAUUUAUUUAACCUUUAUUUAACCAGGUAAGCCAGUUGAGAACAAGUUCUCAUUUACAACUGCGACCUGGCCAAGAUAAAGCAAAGCAGUGCGAUUAAAAACAACAACACAGUGUUACAUAUGGGGUAAACAAAACAUAAAGUCAAAAAUACAACAGAAAAUAUAUACAGUGGGGAGAACAAGUAUUUGAUACACUGCCGAUUUUGCAGGUUUUCCUACUUACAAAGCAUGUAGAGGUCUGUAAUUUUUACUUCAACUGUGAGAGACGGAAUCUAAAACAAAAAUCCAGAAAAUCAUAUUGUAUGAUUUUUAAGUAAUUAAUUUGCAUUUUAUUGCAUGACAUAAGUAUUUGAUCACCUACCAACCAGUAAGAAUUCUGGCUCUCACAGACCUGUUAGUUUUUCUUUAAGAAGCCCUCCUGUUCUCCACUCAUUACCUGUAUUAACUGCACCUGUUUGAACUCGUUACCUGUAUAAAAGACACCAGUCCACACACUCAAUCAAACAGACUCCAACCUCUCCACAAUGGCCAAGACCAGAGAGUUGUGUAAGGACAUCAGGGAUAAAAUUGUAGACCUGCACAAGGCUGGGAUGGGCUACAGGACAAUAGGCAAGCAGCUUGGUGAGAAGGCAACAACUGUUGGUGCAAUUAUUAGAAAAUGGAAGAAGUUCAAGAUGACGGUCAAUCACCCCCGGUCUGGGGCUCCAUGCAAGAUCUCACCUCGUGGGGUAUCAAUGAUCAUGAGGAAGGUGAGGGAUCAGCCCAGAACUACACGGCAGGACCUGGUCAAUGACCUGAAGAGAGCUGGGACCACAGUCUCAAAGAAAACCAUUAGUAACACACUACGCCGUCAUGGAUUAAAAUACUGCAGCGCACGCAAGGUCCCCCUGCUCAAGCCAGCGCAUGUCCAGGCCCGUCUGAAGUUUGCCAAUGACCAUCUGGAUGAUCCAGAGGAGGAAUGGGAGAAGGUCAUGUGGUCUGAUGAGACAAAAAUAGAGCUUUUUGGUCUAAACUCCACUCGCCAUGUUUGGAGGAAGAAGAAGGAUGAGUACAACCCCAAGAACACCAUCCCAACCGUGAAGCAUGGAGGUGGAAACAUCAUUCUUUGGGGAUGCAUUUCUGCAAAGGGGACAGGACGACUGCACCGUAUUGAGGGGAGGAUGGAUGGGGCCAUGUAUCGCGAGAUCUUGGCCAACAACCUCCUUCCCUCAGUAAGAGCAUUGAAGAUGGGUCGUGGCCUGGUCUUCCAGCAUGACAACGACCCGAAACACACAGCCAGGGCAACUAAGGAGUGGCUCCGUAAGAAGCAUCUCAAGGUCCUGGAGUGGCCUAGCCAGUCUCCAGACCUGAAUCCAAUAGAAAAUCUUUGGAGGGAGCUGAAAGUCCAUAUUGCCCAGCGACAGCCCCGAAACCUGAAGGAUCUGGAGAAGGUCUGUAUGGAGGAGUGGACCAAAAUCCCUGCUGCAGUGUGUGCAAACCUGGUCAAGACCUACAGGAAACGUAUGAUCUCUGUAAUUGCAAACAAAGGUUUCUGUACCAAAUAUUAAGUUCUGCUUUUAUGAUGUAUCAAAUACUUAUGUCAUACAAUAAAAUGCAAAUUAAUUACUUAAAAAUCAUACAAUGUGUUUUUCUGGAUUUUUGUUUUAGAUUCCGUCUCUCACACCUAUAAUAAAAAUUACAGACCUCUACAUGCUUUGUAAGUAGGAAAACCUGCAAAAUCGGCAGUGUAUCAAAUACUUGUUCUCCCCACUGUUUAUACAGUUUGUGCAAAUGUAGUAAAUGAUGGAGGUAAGGCAAUAAAUAGGCCAUAGUGCAAAAUAGUUACAAUUUCGUAUUAACACUGGAAUGAUAGAUGUGCAAAAGAUGAUGUGCAAAUAGAGAUAAGAGUCUCCAGCUUCAGAGAUUUUUGCAGUUCGUUCCAGUCAUUGGCAGCAGAGAACUGGAAGGAAUGGCGGCCAAAGGAGGUGUUGGCUUUGGGGAUGACCAGUGAGAUAUACCUGCUGGAGCGCAGACUGUGGGUGGGUGUUGCUAUGGUGACCAGUGAGCUAAGAUAAGACGGGGAUUUGCCUAGCAGUGAUUUAUAGAUGACCUGGAGCCAGUGGGUUUGGCGACGAAUAUGUAGUGAGGGCCAGCCAACGAGAGCGUACAGGUCACAAUGGUGGGUAGUAUAUGGGGCUUUGGUGACAAUACGGAUGGCACUGUGAUAGACUACAUCCAAUUUGCUGAAUAGAGUGUUGGAGGCUAUUUUGUAAAUGACAUCGCCGAAGUCAAGGAUCGGUAGGAUAGUCCGUUUUACGAGGGCAUGUUUGGCAGCAUGAGUGAAGGAGGCUUUGUUGCGAAAUAGGAAGCCGAUUCUAGAUCUAACUUUUGAUUGGAGAUGCUUAAUGUGAGUCUGGAAGGAGAGUUUACAGUCUAACCAGACACCUAGGUAUUUGUAGUUGUCCACAUACUCUAGGUCAGACCCGCCGAGAGUAGUGAUUUUAGUUGGGUGGGCAGGUGCAAGCAGCGUUCGGUUGAAGAGCAUGCAUUUAGUUUUACUAGCGUUUAAGAGCAGUUGGAGGCUACGGAAGGAGUGUUGUAUGGCAUUGAAGCUCGUUUGGAGGUUUGUUAACACAGUGUCCAAUGAAGGGCCAGAUGUAUACAAAAUGGUGUCAUCCGCAUAGAGGUGGAUCCGAGCAUCACCAGCAGCAAGAUCAACAUCAUUGAUAUACACAGAGAAUAGAGUCGUCCCGAGAAUUGAACCCUGUGGCACCCCCAUAGAGACCAGACAACAGGCCCUCCGAUUUGACACAUUGACCUCUAUCUGAGAAGUAGUUGGUGAACCAGGCGAGGCAGUCAUUUGAGAAACCAAGGCUAUUUAGUCUGCCAAUAAGAAUGCGGUGGUUGACAGAGUCGAAAGCCUUGGCCAGGUUGAUGAAGAGAACUACUAAAACCCUAACUGUUAGCUAGUUGUCUUAAACAAUGUUCUUAUUUCUUUAUUUUCUGCUUUGUAGAAGGAGCACUACUACAACCCCAACUGCUCCUUCUGGAACUACUCUGAGAGGAGUAUGAUAGGCUACUGGUCUACUCAGGGCUGUAAGCUCCUGGACACCAACAAGAGCCACACCACCUGUUCCUGUAGUCACCUGACCAACUUCGCCAUCCUAAUGGCCCAUAGAGGGAACGUGGUGAGUGGCCCUCAAUGAGUUCUAUCAUGCUGUGGGGUUGGACUUCUACCGGAUGUAUGUAAUAUGUAUGCAUGUUCCCAUCUAGGGAACAUGGUGAGUGGCUGUUUCAAACCAACCCCUAGCUAGCCCUUAACCCCUUAGACAUUUGUGUAGAUCGGAGAGGAUUGUAUGUGUGUAAGAAAUAUGGUGGAAUGUCCACAAUUCUUGUCCUCUGUGGAAUUGUAACCAUAUUGUGGAUACCCAUCCAAUCCUCUCAGAUCUCCAUAAGUCUCUAGGGCAGGGAUGGGCAGCUGGCGACCAUUGUUGGCCCGCUGGUCAAUACACGUUUUUUUUUUUUAUUCAGUCGGGGUCUCAACUUACUGUUGAGAGUUAGAAUAGUAGAAUACACAAGGUGCGAUUUCGUAAUUUGAUAGUGCAUCAGAGGUUUUUCUCUGUUAUGUCAGUCACUGACAGUCACUCAAUUACCCCAUGUCAGCUAAAAUUUUUUAGAUUGGUAAGUUAGUCAAGUCAGCCAUCUUAACUUGUAGUAAACAUGGUCUAUUUACCAACCGGGGGGGGGGGGGGGGGGGGGUAGUCACUGUCACUGAGAUAUCAUAUUAAGAACUGCAAACAUUUCUCUCCACCAUAUGGCCAAAUGUGUAGAAAUGCAGGAAAUUAGCUGUAUAACUGCACCUUGUUUUCUCCACCCCAUGGCAAAAUGAGUAGAAUUGCAUGAAAUGAGUUAUAAAAUUGCAAAAUCUUCUUUCCACCCCAUGACAAAAUGUGUAGAAUUGCCAAAAAAAAAGGUUAGGACUGGCUCUGACUGCAAGUGUGGGUAUGGAUGUGGGUACACAGACCGCGAGCCACUGUGGCCCCUCAUGAUGAGUUCAGAUUUUUUGUGGCCCCCACCCCCAUCAAAGUUGCCCAUCCCUGCUCCAGGGGUUAGGGGCUAGGGGUUGAUUUGGGAUUUAAGGACACUCGUAGUGAAUCUGCCCCAUCCCCCCUCAUUGUACAGUGGGGAAAAAAUGUAUUUAGUCAGCCACCAAUUGUGCAAGUUCUCCCACUUAAAAAGAUGAGAGAGGCCUGUAAUUUUCAUCAUAGGUACACGUCAACUAUGACAGACAAAAUGAGAUUUUUUUUUCACACACUGUUGCUGGUAUUUUGGCCCAUUCCUCCAUGCAGAUCUCCUCUAGAGCAGUGAUGUUUUGGGGCUGUCGCUGGGCAACAAGGACUUUCAACUCCCUUGUUGCAAAGAUUUUCUAUGGGUUUGAGAUCUGGAGACUGGCUAGGCCACUCCAGGACCUUGAAAUGCUUCUUACGAAGCCACUCCUUCGUUGCCCGGGCGGUGUGUUUGGGAUCAUUGUCAUGCUGAAAGACCCAGCCACGUUUCAUCUUCAAUGCCCUUGCUGAUGGAAGGAGGUUUUCACUCAAAAUCUCACGAUACAUGGCCCCAUUCAUUCUUUCCUUUACACGGAUCAGUCGUCCUGGUCCCUUUGCAGAAAAACAGCCCCAAAGCAUGAUGUUUCCACCCCCAUGCUUCACAGUAGGUAUGGUGUUCUUUGGAUGCAACUCAGCAUUCUUUGUCCUCCAAACACGACGAGUUGAGUUUUUACCAAAAAGUAAUAUUUUGGUUUCAUCUGACCAUAUCACGUUCUCCCAAUCCUCUUCUGGAUCAUCCAAAUGCACUCUAGCAAACUUCAGACGGGCCUGGACAUGUACUGGCUUAAGCAGGGGGACACGUCUGGCACUGCAGGAUUUGAGUCCCUGGCGGCGUAGUGUGUUACUGAUGGUAGGCUUUGUUACUUUGGUCCCAGCUCUCUGCAGGUCAUUCACUAGGUCCCCCCCGUGUGGUUCUGGGAUUUUUGCUCACCGUUCUUGUGAUCAUUUUGACCCCACGGGGUGAGAUCUUGCGUGGAGCCCCAGAUCGAGGGAGAUUAUCAGUGGUCUUGUAUGUCUUCCAUUUCCUAAUAAUUGCUCCCACAGUUGAUUUCUUCAAACCAAGCUGCUUACCUAUUGCAGAUUCAGUCUUCCCAGCCUGGUGCAGGUCUACAAUUUUGUUUCUGGUGUCCUUUGACAGCUCUUUGGUCUUGGCCAUAGUGGAGUUUGAAGUGUGACUGUUUGAGGUUGUGGACAGGUGUCUUUUAUACUGAUAACAAGUUCAAACAGGUGCCAUUAAUACAGGUAACGAGUGGAGGACAGAGGAGCCUCUUAAAGAAGAAGUUACAGGUCUGUGAGAGCCAGAAAUCUUGCUUGUUUGUACGUGACCAAAUACUUAUUUUCCACCAUAAUUUGCAAAUAAAUUCAUUAAAAAUCCUACAAUGUGAUUUUCUGGAAAAAACAUUCUCAAUUUGUCUGUCAUAGUUGACGUGUACCUAUGAUGAAAAUUACAGGCCCCUCUCAUCUUUUUAAGUGGGAGAACUUGCACAAUUGGUGGCUGACUAAAUACUUUUUUCCCCCACUGUAUGUACCGUACAGUAUGUAUUUAAACAUGGCUACAGUAAGAUUGACAACUCAGAGGCUGAUUAGAUUUGAGGGUGGGGGGUUUGUUGGAGGGAUAGGGGGAUGGGAGUUGAGGUGAGGAAUGUGGUUAGUUAAUGUAUAUGGAGAGAAACGGAAGGAGGCUGUCACUUACGUUGCCGGGAGCACAAAAGCAAGAGAUCGCAGGCAUAAGAUACUGUAGUGAGAGCUAGCUGAAACCUUAUUGGAAAUAAAUGACAUUUUACCUAUGGUCUGUGACUAAUAGCCUUCACGCACGUCUGCUGGAAUCAUACACAGGGAAACGUACACGGCGGCCCUUUGUCGCGCUUCUUUAAUUUGCAUUUCCACUCAACGACAUGAAGUGGGUGAGAUCCAUUUGCAAGCAAAAUGCAAUUACAAUCCAAUUUAUGAUAAAUAUCAUGUGCUGCAAGCAUCUACCCAGUAAUAAAUGUGGAACAUAAGUUUGUGGUUUAUAUAAUAACAUGUCCCGACUCAUGAACUCUUCCCCUGUCUUCCUCUCGCAAACCCCGAAUCUUACAACCCUUCACCACAAGGAGAAACCAGAGUCCCUGGGCUAAGUCUUCCCUCCCCGUCACACCAACCCUACACCUCAACUACAACUCCUCCUGGCCUGCCCUCAAUAAAAUUACUAAUAUCACGGAACGGAUUACCUCAUGUUCAGACCACUAUCCCUGAGUGAUAUUCUGUAUGGUGAAGGCUUCUAUUUUUGCAUAUGGUCGUAGCCUACAUUGAAAUGUGUUCAUUUUCAUGGGUUGUGACACGCACUUUAAUCAGCCCUUCACAGAGUGAUCUCACAUUAUAUUUUAUAAUGUCAGCCCUUCACAGAGCAAUCCCCGAAUAUAUGUUAUAACAUGUCGCAACUUGGUGUCACAGAGCUUUGUGACAGCUUACUAAUUACUUUACAUUGGCAGGGCACAUGUUGUGGUACAACAUGUAAUCUGUUUCCUACAGUAGAUGUUGAGUUAAAUCCCUCAGUGAGUCAGGACAUCAUGUUAUGUCAAGGUUCAUUGAUGGGGACAUGAAGUCUGUCAUGUCUUAUGUUUUCCGGCAGGUUAUUGGGUCUAAACCCUCCCUGUUGUGUUGCUGCGUGUUUCUGAUUGGUUCAGCUAGAUGUUGAGUUAAAUCCCUUUAUAAAUAUCCGUACAUGUCAUGAUAUCAUAUUAGCUCCAUGUUCUUACAUGGUACAUUACAUCAGUAAUUUAUUUUACCAGGUUAUUGGGUUUACUUAAGAUAAUAUAACGUAUACUGAUAAAUGUUGGGAACGGCAUUUGUGUAAAGUGGCCUGAGAAAGGAAGGUGGCGGUGGUACUGUACUAGAUAGCGUUGUCUCCGUCUUCAUACUCAUUGUAUUCCCUAAACAUUUGAAUAAGAUAAAAAGGUCUUCACAACAAAAAAAGCUUAUUAGUUCUAACCACCCCCUGUGUUUAUAUCAUGAUAGGUACAUCCGGCAGGUUAUUGGUUCUAACUCCGGCGGUUUGUGUCUCUCUGUCCUGUUCUCCAGGCAGAGGGGAGCGUCCAUGAUCUGCUGCUGACGGUGAUAACCCGGAUGGGAAUUGCUGUGUCGCUGGUGUGUCUGGCCAUCAGCCUCUUCACCUUCUGCUUCUUCGGGGGCCUUCAGAGCGACCGCAACACCAUCCACAAGAACCUCUGCCUCAACCUUUUCAUUGCUGAGCUGGUCUUCCUUGUGGGCAUCAAUAUGACUGAACCCAAGGUAAGGAGUGCGGGUGCCCCCAGAGUGUACACAUGGAUCAGAGUGGACUUAGAUGCACAAUUAUUUUGGCUAACUAUCAUUGUGUUCCUAGGGAAUAUGUUUCAGUUAUCUAUGCCUAUUUUGACUUCCCUUGUUUCAAUGCAGCUUCAAUGCCACUGUCCCUUUACCGCUGUAUGUGUAAUCUUUAAAUGUGUCCCCCUCCCAGCUGGUGUGUUCCAUCAUUGCGGUCGUUCUUCAUUUCUUCUUCCUCGCGGCGUUUGCCUGGAUGUGUCUGGAGGGUGUGCAGCUCUACCUCAUGCUGGUUGAGGUGUUCGAGAGCGAGUUCUCCCGCAGGAAGUACUAUUACGCCUCAGGAUACCUCUUUCCCGCCGUGGUGGUGGGAAUCUCGGCCGCCAUCGACUACCGCAGCUACGGGACACAGAGAGCGUAAGUAACAUCUCAUCUGUAGACCUUUUCUUUGUGUGCUUGGUGCAAAAUGCAGUAGUUAAGAAGUAGUGUACAUACGUCCAGUAACCGUCAGGUGCAGGGUACGAAAAGUAAUGUCAAGAAAGAAAGAAAGAAAGCUAGAUACCCUCUUCAGAUGUUGACCUUGGGGGGGAAACAUUGCACAAUAAAACUGUGUGAGCAUUCAACAGUAUCUAUCUUCCUUUCUUGGUGCAGAGAGAAUCAGGUCUCCCAGGCCAGCAAGCUCCAUAUCAAGACUCCCUUUCUUCCCACAUAGAUAGAUAUAGUGCUAAUGAGAGCUACAGCACAGGCCCCAGUCUCCCACUGCCUCUCCCUCUGCCUCCUGGCAAAUGUACACCCUGUCAGAGAGGAAAGAGAAAAGCUGUGAGCAAAACCACUACAUUAAUGAAUUCUCUGGCUGGUUGGUUGCUCUGGUCUGGUGUGUUCUCUGUGUACGCAUGAGCUUUUUUUUCUCUCUUGACCUUAACUCUUUAAACUUUUCUUCUCCAGUGGCCUUUAUCCAAGAAACAAGCCAUAUGAUUUGUCGUAGGCCUUUCUUUUUCCAGAGAGAGUUAUGUAAAUUGGGUAUUCUUUUUUACAUUUGGGGCUGUAGUGCAACGCUCCCUGCAUUUGAAUGAACAUAUUAUCUGAUAAUACAUACAGUAGCUUCAGCACAAAUCUUGCUGGAACUAUUUGUGCGUACGUUUUGACUGUGUUUAGAGUCGAAAGGAUAGCUAGACUGCUCUCUCAAUUGUAGACUUUGGCAGACUCUGAAGUCAUGAAUCCAAUACCAGUGCUGUUGUAUGGAUCACAGCCAGAAUGUGUUCAAGGUCAGGUUCUCUCUGUGGUCCAGAAGGACAAUCACUAUUCUAUUGCUGUAGUAACUAUAUCAUCAUGUCAUCUAUCUAGUCUAGAAGCCAGGCUGAUUACUAAUCACUAGGAUACAAUGUGACAAAUGCUGUAGAGAGUGUGGAACAUGCAGAGAUAUUACAGUCACAGUAGGAGAGCCAGAGUAGCUCAUUUGCUCUUGAGGGAUGUCUAUCACCUGAUCACAUGAUGUGUCCCAUUGCAGCUGCUGGCUGAGGGUGGAUAACCACUUCAUUUGGAGCUUCAUAGGACCUGUCACCUUCAUUAUCAUGGUAAGCCACAUUAUACUUUAUGGGAUGUGUGUGUUUGUGUGUGUGUGUGUGUGUGUAAGAGAGUGUGUAUGUGUCUCUAUGAUGGCAUGAAAAUCAGGUAUGUGUGCAUUAUCCAUACAGUAUGGGCUUGAGUGUCUGUGUCUCUGCCUACGUCUGUUACUAUGUUGGUAUCUGUGUCUGUGUCUCUGCCUACGUCCAUGCAAAAUACAUUUAUUUUCCGCAAAGUAAUGUGAAGGGGGGAAAAGUUCAUGGAUUUUAUAGUUUUUCUGUCUCGCCUGGUCACUUAGCUCUUGCUUUUGCUGAUCAAGUUGCAUGAAAGGAAAGUGGUCCAUUAUAGCUGACCUGAGGACAUCAGCAGUCAUUCAGCUGUAAAAUCCUAUGAAAUGUGUCUAGUCUAGUGAGCAGCAGCAUUCAACAGCUUAGCUGUUUGUUUGGUGGAAAGAGUUGAGGAUUGAGGAAGCAGUUCUCGCCUUCACACACUCAGUCAGUUGUCUGAGGAGGAGGAGGAGAGACAAUCUCAGGCAUGAAGGUCAUUUGCUCAGUGAGAAAAAGAGUGGGAGGAUGGAGGGGGAGAGGGGGGGGGGGGGGGGGUUUGAACAUGGAAAUAAUUAGUGGGUGGGCCAGACAGCCAUUACCCACAACCCCCUAGCCCUGCCGAGGAUCAUGACGCGUCCACAGCCAAUCCCGUUGCAUGGACAUCUCCAUCCUCACCUCUAAAUAUUUCAUGCAGCCCGCAUGGAGUUUACACACACACACAAACAUACGCACCCAUGCAUGCACAUACAUUUGUACUAUUCACACAGAAAACACAUGUAAAUGUGUGCAUACUGUGUUUAUACAGCACAUACACAUGCACAUACUGUGCAUAGAUACGUAAGGGAAAGGGUGUUGUGGUUUUGGUGGUGUGUUUUGUGAGGAGGUAAUGGGUAGUGCUAGUGGGUAGUGCAGAGGAGAGGAGAGGGUCCGUAGAGAGUGGGGUGCGGGGAGAAGCGAGUACAUGUACAGUUCAGUGCCUGCCUGCCUCUCUGCCUGCCUGCCUGCCCCUCUGCCUGCCUGCCUGCCUCUCUGCCUGCCUGCCUGCCUCUCUGCCUGCCUGCCUCUCAGCCUGCCUGCCUGCCUCUCUGCCUGCCUGCCUCUCAGCCUGCCUGCCUCUCUGCCUGCCUCUCUGCCUGCCUGCCUGCCUGCCUCUCAGCCUGCCUCUCAGCCUGCCUGCCUGCCUCUCUGCCUGCCUGCCUGCCUCUCUGCCUGCCUGCCUGCCUGCCUCUCUGCCUGCCUGCCUGCCUGCCUGCCUCUCAGCCUGCCUGCCUCUCAGCCUGCCUGCCUGCCUGCCUCUCUGCCUGCCUGCCUCUCUGCCUGCCUGCCUGCCUCUCAGCCUGCCUGCCUCUCUGCCUGCCUGCCUGCCUCUCAGCCUGCCUGCCUGCCUCUCUGCCUGCCUGCCUCUCUGCCUGCCUGCCUCUCAGCCUGCCUGCCUCUCAGCCUGCCUGCCUCUCAGCCUGUCUGCCUCUCAGCCUGCCUGCCUGCCUGCCUCUCUUCCUGCCUGCCUGCCUCUCUGCCUGCCUGCCUGCCUCUCAGCCUGCCUGCCUCUCUGCCUGCCUGCCUGCCUCUCAGCCUGCCUGCCUGCCUCUCUGCCUGCCUGCCUCUCUGCCUGCCUGCCUCUCAGCCUGCCUGCCUCUCAGCCUGUCUGCCUGCCUGCCUCUCUGCCUGCCUGCCUGCCUCUCUGCCUGCCUGCCUGCCUCUCAGCCUGCCUGUCUCUCUGCCUGCCUCUCUGCCUGCCUGCCUCUCAGCCUGCCUGCCUCUCAGCCUGCCUGCCUCUCAGCCUCUCUGCCUGCCUCUCUGCCUGCCUGCCUCUCUGCCUGCCUGCCUCUCAGCCUGCCUGCCUCUCAGCCUGCCUGCCUCUCUGCCUGCCUGCCUGCCUCUCUGCCUGCCUUAGGGCUGUGACGGUCAUGGCAUUUUAUUUGAUGGUAAUUGGCCAGCCAAAUGACCGUGGUGACCGUAAUAACCGUUUGAUUAUCAAUUUUUUUAUCUAUGAAUAUAUACGCACAUUUUCUCCUCUCCUCUGCUCCUGAUUGCAUGUGCUGCCAUAGAAAUAGAAUGAAUAGAAUGGGCGUCCCCUUUCAAGUCAAUGAUGGCUUAAUGGGUGGACUGGCAGCCAGUAAAUUAUGUGCUAAAAUAUGUGCUGUGUUUUGUUGAUUCAACUCAACUGUCAUUACAAAAAUACAUUCCAUUACAUGCCAUGUAAAACAUGUUUGUUUUUUUUACGGUUAUGACGGUUGUUUUAUUUACAUGACUGUCUUCAUCCAUAACAGUCGGUUACACGGUUAUACGGUAAUUGUCUCAGCCCUAAGCUGCCUGCCUGCCUCUCUGCCUGCCUGCCUGUCUCAUCAGAUCUGUGUCAUCACUGGCGGCUGUGUUAAAUGCAUCUCCAACCACUCGACUCAUGCAGACCUAAAUCGGCCCUGGUGGCUAGGAGACAAAACAUCACUCUGAUCUAAAAAAGCCAUUCUGGUCGUAUUCUCUCUAACCUCAGACUCUUCUCUUUCCUCGCGUUUCUAGACUAUCUCACUCUCUCAUAUCACUCUCUCUAUCUCUCCUUCGCUACCCGCAUCUCGACGCUAGACACGUCUGUCUAGAACGAUAGACCAGCGAGGGGCGCGAGCGGGAGCGAGCGAAGAGAGCCGAGAAGCGGAGGAAGAGAGAGGCGUAGGCGCGAUGCGAGAGAGCAGAGAGAGGAGAGGAGAGGGGGGAAAAAAGGCGACGAGGAACAAAGCGAGAGACGCCGCCGAGCGCUCUGCUCUACUACUAUCUCUUCGCUAUUUCGCUAUCUAUCUCCUCUCUCUCUCUGUCGCUCUGUCUCCGCUACACUCUCUCUCUAUCUCUUCUCUGCUCUCUCUCCCUCUCACGUAAUCUCAGUCUCUCCCUACCCUCCUCUCUCGCUUCUCCUGUCUCUCCUUACACCCUCUCUCUCUCUCCCUCUACCCCUCUCUCUCUCUCUACCCCUCUCUCUGUCUCUCCCUCUACCCCUCUCUGUCUCUCCCUUUACCCCUCUUUCACCCCACGUUAUUGGUUUCUAUUUGAAAGGGAUGUACGUAGCUAUGGUUCUAUAUUGGUCUGGUGUAUUAAUGUUUUAGAGUGAGAUCAUAUACUGAACAGCUUUCAUAAAAUUCAGCCCACAAAUAUAUUGUAUUUGAUCAUCUUGGGACAGUAUCUCUGCUAGAUCAGAAUUGCUUUGUGUUCCCUCAAACCCAGGCAGUUUUUGUCAUUUAUUUUCUUUCAUUGAGAUUUUCUUUCAUAGAGAAUGUUGUAAUAACUGAAAAUGCAAAAUAUAUAGAAGUAUAAAAAUAUAUAAUAUUUACUCAAUAUUUACUGAAGAGUUGUUUUCAGUGAGGUUUUAUUGUACCAUAUCCCCUCCCUUCCCCUGGUGGUGGUGGGCCUCCCUGUGCUUACAGACAAACAUCCUGAAGUCAUGGAAACCUUUCUGAAUGUAUAGCUUAGAAUAUGGAGCUGUUUUUCCUGGCUCCAGACCUUUGUUGCUAAAAUAUGGCGCUCUGCUCUGGUCUCUCUCUCUCUCUCUCUCUCUCUCUCUCUCUCUCUCUCUCUCUCUCUCUCUCUCUCUCUCUCUCUCUCUCUCUCUCUCUCUUCUCUCUCUCGCUCUCUCGUUCUCGCUCUCUCGUUCUGUUUAGGCCGUAUUAGAUUAACAUUCCCAUGCUGUUAUGAGUAAUAACACGUGUUUGGCACCAGUCUGCUUGGCUAGGGCCUGAGGUGUUGUGCGUUAGUUACAUCAGCCAUAGGAGUGGGAAGGGGCAUCCGAGGCACUUUAUCAUAGCCAGUGUUAGUGGAGCUGGAGACCAAAGCUAAGCUACAACCUCUCUAUUCUCACUUUUGGGAGGCAGUCUGUUUGAUCAUUUGCACUAAAUAAUAUAAUAAUAAUAUGCCAUUUAGCAGACGCUUUUAUCCAAAGCGACUUACAGUCAUGUGUGCAUACAUUUUUACGUAUGGGUGGUCCCGGGGAUUGAACCCACUACCCUGGUGUUACAAGCGCCAUGCUCUACCAAUUGAGCUACAGAGGACCACAAAGCUUGAAAGUUUAAUAUCCCUCUUGGUAUAACAUACUAAUGUUGAUGUGUUAUUGUUAUAUGAUCUCAGUAAGUGACUAAAACAUGUAGGUGACAUGCUGCUACUUAAAUUUAGGAAUCCCUUUGAGUUUGCCUAUUUGUGUACGAACCACCCUGUUUUUGGUCUUAAGAUACCAUGAAAUGUAGGCGACGUGCAUUGCUGCUCAUACCAGGAAAUGGAUGCCGUGCUCCAGUGUGGUGUGUUAACCUCGCUGUGCCUCUGUUUUGACAGCUCAAUCUCAUCUUCCUGGUGGUGACAAUUUACAAGAUGGUGAAGCACUCCACUUCUAUGAAACCCGAUUCGACCCGGCUGGGCGGUAUCAGGUGAGAGGGGGUUCUGAGGUCUUUCUGGAGAUGAUGUGAAGGCUGAUACUACUGGUUUUGUGUCAGCUCAGUUUUAAGUGAGAAACCAAUGUGUUGUGUACUGUCCUAUUCCUGGCCAUGGCCUUGUUUGUGUGAUAUUGAAUGGUGUAUUUGGUGUAUUUGACCUUAGAAUUACAUCUCAAUAACCCAUAACUGGAGUGGACAAAUAUUUUCCUUUCAGAUUUUAUUUCUAUCCUCAGGUGUUGCUUUUUUAGUUAGUGUUUAUGAGGGCAGUGUUUGCGCUAUGCAGGGGUUAUAUUGCCUCUUUUAUUUCUUCAUAACUGCAUCCCUGACCUCUUGUAUCUGUUGCUCCUGUGGUCGUUUACAGGUUCCCCUGGAACACUGGCUCAAACACAUGGCUCUUGGAUUUAUGGGUGGGGUGGAGGAACUGGAGUGGUGCACACAUCUUCAUUCAAUCAGCCAGUCAAUCCAGGGAAUCGGAUAAAAGAAGAGUCCCUAGCCAGUUUCUGUCCUAAAUACUUGUCAAACAAUAACUCUAACACAGAAUGACAUAACGUUCCUGUUUUGUACUUUCUCAUUUUGUAAUAAAAUCUAAGCUUUUAAUACCAGAGAAAUCGUUGAAUUGACCUCUGAACCGAGCUAUCCUGGUUAAGAAUGUAAUUUAAAGAGGGUCUGCUUUCAAAGAUAGCGGCUCAUUCAAACAAAUAAUUAAAAGGAUGCAAAACUCAUUAAACUGUCAUUAAUUGGAGUCCACCUCUAAUCAACCAAUUAUUUACUCCUACAAAGUUAGAUUUUGGAACUUUCCACAAGACUUUGAAAUAAUAAGUCAGUUGAGUUUUGAAAAGCAUAAAGAGCCAGCAUACCCACACACAAAAUACCAUCAAAUAAUGAACAACAUACACAGUGACACAAAACCGCAACUAAUCUGUAGCGUCUCUCUCUAUUUUGGGUUUGUAUUCUCCUCUGUCUCUCUGAAACUCAAAGACGUACAAUGGUGUCUGGUUUUCACUAGUCUCCUUUUCUCUUUUUCUAUUCCAUGGUUGCUCACUCCUUUUGUCCUGUGUAUCGAUGGCUCCCUUUGCCAGCCGUCGCCAUUGGAUCUUACCGUUUGUUAUCUGAUUUUCUCUUGGCUUUCCUGGAACCUCCUGUGAGAAACCUGCUGUGUUUGCUGUUUCUGUUUAGCCAACCAACCCUGAAGAGAACCAAGGAAACAUAGUUAGACUGUGUCAGAUGUCCUCGGUUCAUUCCAAAUCUAUGUAUCAGCAUUUAUGGGUUCUACUGUAUAUACACUGAACAAAAAUAUAAACAUAACAUGUAAAGUGUUGGUCCCAUGUUUCAUGAGCUGAAAUAAAAGAUCCCUGAAAUGUUCUAUAUGCACAAAAAGCUUAUUUCCCCAAAAUGUUGUGCACAAAUUUGUUUACAUCCCUGUUAGUGAGCAUUUCUCCUUUGCCAAGAUAAUCCAUCCACCUGACAGGUGUGGCAUAUCAAGAAGCUGAUUAAACAGCAUGAUCAUUACACAGGUGCACCUUGUGCUGGGGACAAUAAAAGGCCACUCUAAAAUGUGCAGUUUUGUCACACAACACAAUGCUACAGAUGUCUCAAGUUUUGAGGGAGUGUGCAAUUGGCAUGCUGACUGCAGGAAUGUCCACCAGAGCUGUUGCCAGAUAAUUUAAUGUUAAUUUUUCUACCAGAAGCCGCCUCCAACAUCAUUUUAGAGAAUUUGGCAGUACAUCCAACCUGGCCUGACAACCGCAGACCACGUGUAUAGCGACGUGUGGGUGAGUGGUUUGCAGAUGUCAAUGUUGUGAACAGAGUGCCCCAUGGUGGCGGUGGGGUUAUGGUAUGGGCAGGCAUAAGCUACGGACAACGAACACAAUUGCAUUUAAUCGAUGGCAAUUUGAAUGCACAGAGAUACCAUGACGAGAUCCUGAUGCCCAUUGUCAUGCUAUUCAUCCGCCACCUCACCUCAUGUUUCAGCAUGAUAAUGCACAGCCCCAUGUCGCAAGGAUCUGUACACAAUUUCUGGAAGCUGAAAAUGUCCCAGUUCUUCAAUUGCCUGCAUACUCACCAGACAUCAGUCACCUAUUGAGCAUGUUUGGGAUGCUCUGGAUUGACGUGUACGACAGCCUGUUCCAGUUCCCGCCAAUAUACAGCAACUUCGCACAGCCAUUGAAGAGGAAUGGGACAACAUUCCACAGGCCACAAUCAACAACCUGAUCAACACUAUGCGAAGGAGAUGUGUUGCGCUGAAUGAGGCAAAUGGUGGUCGCAACAGAUACUGACUGGUUUUCUAAUCCACGCCCCAACCUUUAAAAAAAAAGUUAUCUGGGACCAAUACAUGCAUAUCUGUAUUCCCAGUCAUGUGAAAUCCAUAGAUUAGGACCUAAUUUAUUUAUUUAAAUUGACUGAUUAAUGAACUGUAACUCAGUAAAAUGUUUGAAAUUGAUGCAUGUUGCGUUUAUAUUUUUGUUCAGUGUAUAAACAUGUCCAGAAGGAGAAAUAGAGAGCGAUAAUAACACGGCCUCCUUCUUUCCCCACAGAACAAAUCCUUAGGAACCGAACAGAGAGCAACUUCAAAUGAAUGAAAGAUUAAAUCAAGGCAGUUGCUUCAGUUAUUAUUAAUGAUUGUGAUCAAUAUUUGUGUGUUUCAGAUCCUGGGUGCUUGGAGCGUUCGCCCUGCUCUUUCUCCUGGGCCUGACCUGGUCCUUUGGUCUGUUCUUCCUCAACGAGUCCUCCGUCGUCAUGGCGUACCUCUUCACCAUCUUCAACACUCUGCAAGGGAUGUUCAUCUUUAUCUUCCACUGUCUCCUCCAGAAAAAGGUAAGGAUUUAAUACAUAUGGGCUAUAUGAAGAUAAUGCUGCAGACUCCAAUAAAGCACUGCAUUUUGUACAUCAAUGUUUGAAUAUAAGACAAGCUUUCCUCACCAGAAGUGGGAAAUAACCUUUUUAAUGACUAGUUUCCCAAAUAAAUAAGGUAAAAGUAUAUACAGUGGGGAGAACAAGUAUUUUGAUACACUGCCGAUUUUGCAGGUUUUCCUACUUACAAAGCAUGUAGAGGUCUGUAAUUUUUAUCAUAGGUAUACUUCAACUGUGAGAGACGGAAUCUAAAACAAAAAGUCCAGAAAAUCACAUUGUAUGAUUUGUAAGUAAUUAAUUUGCAUUUUAUUGCAUGACAUAAGUAUUUGAUCACCUACCAACUAGUAAGAAUUCCGGCUCUCACAGGCCUGUUAGUUUUUCUUUAAGAAGCCCUCCUGUUCUCCACUCAUUACCUGUAUUAACUGCACCUGUUUGAACUCAUUACCUGUAUAAAAGACACCUGUCCACACACUCAAUCAAACAGACUCCAACCUCUCCACAAUGGCCAAGACCAGAGAGCUGUGUAAGGACAUCAGGGAUAAAAUUGUAGACCUGCACAAGGCUGGGAUGGGCUACAGGACAAUAGGCAAGCAGCUUGGUGAGAAGGCAACAACUGUUGGCGCAAUUAUUAGAAAAUGGAAGAAGUUCAAGAUGACGGUCAAACACCCUCGGUCUGGGGCUCCAUGCAAGAUCUCACCUCGUGGGGCAUCAAUGAUCAUGAGGAAGGUGAGGGAUCAGCCCAGAACUACACUGCAGGACCUGGUCAAUGACCUGAAGAGAGCUGGGACCACAGUUUGAAAGAAAACUAUUAGUAACACACUACGCUAUCAUGGAUUAAAAUCCUGCAGCGCACGCAAGGUCCCCCUGCUCAAGCCAGCGCAUGUCCAGGCCCGUCUGAAGUUUGCCAAUGACCAUCUGUAUGAUCCAGAGGAUUAAUGGGAGAAGGUCAUGUGGUCUGAUGAGACAAAAAUAUAGCUUUUUGGUCUAAACUCCACUCGCUGUGUUUGGAGGAAGAAGAAGGAUGAGUACAACCCCAAGAACACCAUCCCAACCGUGAAGCAUGGAGGUGGAAACAUCAUUCUUUGGGGAUGCUUUUCUGCAAAGGGGACAGGACGACUGCACCGUAUUGAGGGGAGGAUGGAUGGGGCCAUGUAUCGCGAGAUCUUGGCCAACAACCUCCUUCCCUCAGUAAGAGCAUUGAAGAUGGGUCAUGGCUGGGUCUUCCAGCAUGACAACGACCCGAAACACACAGCCAGGGCAACUAAGGAGUGGCUCCGUAAGAAGCAUCUCAAGGUCCUGGAGUGGCCUAGCCAGUCUCCAGACCUGAACCCAAUAGAAAAUCUUUGGAGGAGCUGAAAGUCCGUAUUGCCCAGCGAUAGCCCAGAAACCUGAAGGAUCUGGAGAAGGUCUGUAUGGAGGAGUGGGCCAAAAUCCCUGCUGCAGUGUGUGCAAACCUGGUCAAGACCUACAGGAAACAUAUGAUCUCUGUAAUUGCAAACAAAGGUUUCUGUACCAAAUAUUAAGUUCUCCUUUUCUGAUGUAUCAAAUACUUAUGUCAUGCAAUAAAAUGCAAAUUAAUUACGUAAAAAUCAUACAAUGUGAUUUUCUGGAUUUUUGUUUUAGAUUCCAUCUCUCACAGUUGAAGUGUACCUAUGAUAAAAAUUGCAGACCUCUACAUGCUUUGUAAGUAGGAAAACCUGCAAAAUCGGCAGUGUAUCAAAUACUUGUUCUGCCCACUGUAUGUGUACUUAAGUCUAAUGCAAAAUAUAUACUUUUCAUUUCAAUGUCUGCUGUCUCUUGACAUUUAAGACUAUCUCUGAUAUUAGCAACGCUACUGUGUCAUAUUUGUCCCCCUGAAAAAUCCCCCUCCCCCUAUGAUAUUUUAAUGUGUCAUCAUGGCAGACGUGAUAGGCCUAUCUCCAGAGACGCCAUUUGAACUACUGCUGUCGGCUGGGUGGCAUUUGAUAAAGAUAUGGAUUUUGUGGCUUUACAAGGAAGCUUUCCUCUCUCUAUCUCUCACUGGAGUAGACUGUCACUGUUGUGGUGUCUCAUUGUGUUUAUGUCGCUCUGCCUUGAUCUUGUGCCCGCUGCAGGUCCGGAAAGAGUACAGCAAAUGCUUCCGUCAGUCCCAGUGCUGCGGAGGUCUGCCUUCUGAAGGGUCCCACAGCUCGGCCAAGACAGCCACAUCCCGAUCCACCGCACGCUACUCCUCCGCCACACAGGUACAGUACAUACUAGGUACAGUACAGCAGCGGGAAGUUGGAUUAUAUAUACCUUUUUUCUAUCCUUUCUUUCUAUGGAGAGGGAAACGAAGGUUCUUUUUCUAGUCUUUCUCCUGUUGCAUGCUAGCAUGCCAAGGACCAGCAUGAACACUUGAAUAUAACCUUCUCUCAACCCUUUAUUUGUAUUGAGAGCAGUACUGUAGUACACUUCAGUAGCUUUAUUUGCUCAGAGGGAAAUUGGUUUGCGGCGUAGGAGGGAAAGGCCAGUUGUGGUCUUUCUCUCCUGUUGCAUGCUAACACAUAGAGGGAAGAGAGUUAGUGUUGAGUUAAAGCUGGUCAUUCUAAUCCUCUUGUGUGAAAUAGCUUUCUUUCUUUCCACUGAGGGUGAAAGGGAGAGCUUACGCCUUGUUCUCCAGUUGCAUGCUAGCAUGUAGAGGGAACAGGAAAGGAUACCAGUGUAUUCCCUAUAUCGUGCACUACUUUUGACCAGAGUCCUAUGGGCCCUGGUCAAAAGUAGUGCACUGUAUAGGGAAUAGGGUGUCAUUUCGCAUGUAUCCAUUUUGUUUUGGAGGUAGUUCUUGUAAUCCAUUGUGUUUGCUUGCUGCCUUUAUUUUAAAGAGCAUUUUUCUUGUGGUCUUUUUCUGUUGCAUGAUAGCAUGUAAAGGGAAGGGACAUCAGUGUUUCAGGUUAUUCUAAUAUGUGUGUUGUUGUUUACCUCCUACAGAGUCGUAUCAGGAGGAUGUGGAACGACACAGUGAGGAAGCAGUCAGAAUCCUCCUUCAUCUCCGGAGACAUCAACAGCACCUCCACCCUCAACCACCAGGGUAAGACUGGCCCCUCAGUCCAUUCUGACCCCAAAGUACCUUCUGGCCCCAAAGUCCCCUCUGGCCCCUCUGUCCCCUCUGUCCCUUCUGUCCCCUCUGGCCCCUCUGUCCCCUCUGGCCCCUCUGGUCCCUCUGUCCCUUCUGGCCCCUCUGUCCCUUCUGGCCCCUCUGUCCCUUCUGGCCCCUCUGGCCCCUCUGUCCCUUCUGGCCCCUCUGGCCCCUCUGUCCCUUCUGGCCCCUCUGUCCCUUCUGGCCCCUCUGACCCCUCUGUCCCUUCUGGCCCCUCUGUCCCUUCUGGCCCCUCUGGCCCCUCUGGCCCCUCUGUCCCUUCUGGCCCCUCUGGCCCCUCUGUCCCUUCUGGCCCCUCUGGCCCCUCUGUCCCUUCUGGCCCCUCUGGCCCCUCUGUCCCUUCUGGCCCCUCUGUCCCUUCUGGCCCCUCUGGCCCCUCUGUCCCUUCUGGCCCCUCUGUCCCUUCUGGCCCCUCUGGCCCCUCUGGCCCCUCUGUCCCUUCUGGCCCCUCUGGCCCCUCUGUCCCUUCUGGCCCCUCUGUCCCUUCUGGCCCCUCUGUCCCCUCUGGCCCCUCUGUCCCUUCUGGCCCCUCUGGCCCCUCUGUCCCCUCUGUCCCUUCUGGCCCCUCUGUCUCUAUCUACACGUGCUGUGUUCUGUCUGUUAUGGGACCAUGAAUAGACAACAAGUGCCUGAAUAAAUCUGGCAGAUGCUGAUUUUAUUUGUAUCUAUUUAACCUUUAUUUAACCAGUCAAUGAUGAUGCUCUUCAUUCAAGGAGGCAGCUUUUUGGUAAAAUUAUUAAUGUUUACUCAAUAUUGUCCAUGUGCUUGUGUCUGUCCUUAUUAUAUUACAAUAAAUCAUAAACAACAAAUAAAAUACAUGUUUUUCAGCAGCAAGUAAACAAAUACAUGCUGAACAAAUGUUUUACGAUGAGUCAAAGUUCACGUCAAUGUGUCUUUUGGUGGUCAAUCUGCACAGCUGCUACUUGUUGGAUGAGAGAAGUAUUACAUAGCUACUUAGUCUGGCUUCAAGUGGUAGUGAUGAGAAGCUGGUGUCGUGUGUGUGUUCAACUCUGGGCGACCCUGACUGGCUGGCUACAGGAGCUUUGCUGGCUGUGCACUGACUCAUCCUCAACCUGGCCUGGUCUCAUGAUGAUUUUCGUCCAUGAGACAGAGUGAGCGAGAGAGCGAGGGAGGGAGGGAGGGAGGGAGAGACGAGAGAGAAAAAGACUGAGACAGACAGAGGGGGAGAUAGAGAGAGAACGAGGAGAGGUAGAGAGAGGGAAAAGAGAGAAACUGACAGAGGAAGAGAGUGAGGGAGAGGUCACAGAGAGGUUUAACAUGAUACAGCUCAGAGUUGCACUGCUAAAUAGUUUUUUUAACUUCUAUCCUCCUUAUCAGUGUCAGCAUUAAGCUAACUCUUAAUCGCCACUGAUAAGAAAUGAGAUAUAAGAGAUUUGUUUUCAAUGACUGGACAUUGCUAUUAUACAUUAUACUUAUAGAUGCAUUAUGCACACUUACAUUAUGUGGGAGCAAAGUGAUGUCAAUAGAUACCGGUUUGUAGUCCCAACAUCAUCAGUUUGAUUGUAUGGUCUUGUUUUAUAUGGCUACUGUAAUCAUACUGGAAGAGAUGGAGACCCGCAUACUAUCGAAAAAAUGAAUAUAUCCAAAACUGAGGCUUAAAUGCAAAAUAAAGAUGUUUAUUAAAACAUCAUGGUGCCCAAAAAAUAAUCUCUUCCAGUAUUCUUCUUUUGACUCCUAGGCACCUGGAACAGACCUUCAGAGAGUUCAGAUGGCCUCUUAUCAUUACUGUAAUCAUACUGAAUAUUUUGACGCCCACUUUAGAAUGUAGUCCCUACAGUAGUAUUUAUGAAUUAGUCAAAUAUUUGUUUAACAGAGAAAGUACUUGACAAUGUUGUUAGUACAUGAGUGCUUGGUACUGUCUGGUGGUACAGAAAGUGGCUUUGUUUAUAGAGACAGACUCACUUGUUGCAGACAAUAUUUAUUGCUUGCUGUUCUGUGAAAUUAAAUCUGGAGAAUGCGGUGUGUAGACAUGAUUUAAACAUCAACUACCCAACUAACCAGCACAUUGUAUUUACUGAAGAAGCACACUGCUGCACUCCUGUACAGAUAUACUUUUUCCUCUGGUCGCUUUCUCUCUAUCGCCUUCUUCCCUUCUUUACUCUCUGGCCUCGUCUUUUUAAUAGAAUAAAAUAUAAUCAUAUAAUAGUAUUUCUCCUCCCUCACAUCCUCUCUAACGCUCUCACUCCCUCUCUCUCCCACCGUUCUUGCAGGGUUUGACAUCUACCUCUUAACAUACCCUCUCUUUCUCUUUUUCUCCUCUUUCUCUCUCUCCUGCCUUUCUUUCUUUCCUCCCUCACUUCUUCCUUCCUUCUCACAGGGAUGACUGGCAACUACCUUCUAACUAACCCUCUGCUUCGAGCCCACGACCCUAACAACCCCUAUAACAACCUGUUGGCUGAGACUGUGGUGUGCAACACCCCCUCCCCUCCGGCCUUUCACCCACCAGGUGCAUGGUGAUCUCUAACCUUUCUCUCUAUAUAGAUCUGUCUUUCUCUGUGUCUGAAAUGGCACCAUAUUCCCUAUGUAGUGUGUUACCUUGACAAGUUUGACUCUGGUCAAAAUGAGUGCACUAUAUAGGGAAUGGGGUGCCAUUUGGACACACAUUUGUUUUGUUUUAGUGUGUGUUUGAAACUAAUUGUAAUAGCGGUUCUUUGUGGGGUUGUGGCCCCUACACAGCAGGUGUUGAGAAGUCUUGCUGUAGAAUGUAGGGUUGCCCUUUCUUUCCUCUCUCAUUAGCACCUGUCUUUAUUUCAUCUUUAUCUAGUAUACAAGCUGUGCUUUGUUACACAGAACCAGAUAAGGUUGAGAAAGGUCAGUGCUAUCUUAUCUAGACUACUCCAACAGUCAUUUAUAGGAAAUGGGAUGCAUUUAUUCCAUUUAUAUAUGAUAUCCUAUUAUUUUCCAUUCUCCUCGUACACCUGUUGAUGCUACAUUUACAUCAGGUUCAAUGGCAUUAUGAAAAAAUGUCUUGACUACAAACCCGGAUCCCAGUUUGAUUUGAAUUAUGUCACUGUCUGUGUAGCGUGAACCAGAUAUGCUCUCUAUCAGACUAAAGGAGGAAGGCAUAUAAAGGAAUAAAAAACACAGGAGUACAAGACGCAAUGCAGGCAGAAUUAUACCCCUCAGAUAUGCAGAGGCAUUUGGUGAUGAAAGAGGAUGGAAGGAAAGGAAGCAGCGCUAGGAUGAAUGUGUGGAGGGAGGGAGGGAGGAAGAAGGGAAGGGAAGGAUACAGGAGAACUUACAGAAACUGUAGUCGCUCCCUCUGAUUUGGCAGGUCUCCAAAUUCGCUCGCUUCUCAAUGAGAACACUUAAAUCAUCUGCCUUUUUCUUCUGGAGGAGGCUGGAAAGAGUUCCGAACCUAACAUAAAUAGAUUGUCACAGAAGUCAGACAUUUCAUGAUAUCAUUGCUAUUUCAUUUCAAACAAUAUACCAAUGACCAUAAUCAAAACACCACACAUUUAACUAGAAUCUAUAAAUACCCCCACGCCAUGUGCAAGCAAACAAUGCUUUUGAGAUAUUAAAAUGUACAGUCAUCAUAAGUAAUGACAGUAUAAGAUAACUUAUUCUAGUUGAGCGGUGUUAAUACAUUUACAGUGACCGAGUCAAAUUAACAGGUUAUUGUAUGCGUCAGUGUGAUCAUCCCCAUGACCUGCCAAGACUCAUCAUCAGUCAGUCCUCCCUACAGGCAGAUGAAUCAUGUGGAAAUACAUGAAAGACACAGACAAUCAUAAGGGAGAUACUCCACAUACCUGCAUCCUCAAACACUACAGAUACUAUCAUUAAUGACUCACAGUUCAAGAAAAUGAAAGGACUCAAACAUUAUUAAUGACUAACAGUUGAAGGACAUUAAAUAUUAGGUGUUGACUGGUUUGGGUGUAACUAAAUAGAUGUUGACUGGUUUGGGUGUAACUCCCUAACAGACAGAUGUCAAGUAGUGUUAUAUGUAGUGAUGGGGGGGGGGGGGGGAAUCUAUACAGUUAUAUAUCAGGAUAUUAUUUUUUACGAUAUACAGUGGGGAAAAAAAGUAUUUAGUCAGCCACCAAUUGUGCAAGUUCUCCCACUUAAAAAGAUGAGAGAGGCCUGUAAUUUUCAUCAUAGGUACACGUCAACUAUGACAGACAAAAUGAGAAAAAUAAAUCACAUUGUAGGAUUUUUUAUGAAUUUAUUUGCAAAUUAUGGUGGAAAAUAAGUAUUUGGUCAAUAACAAAAGUUUCUCAAUACUUUGUUAUAUACCCUUUGUUGGCAAUGACACAGGUCAAACGUUUUCUGUAAGUCUUCACAAGGUUUUCACACACUGUUGCUGGUAUUUUGGCCCAUUCCUCCAUGCAGAUCUCCUCUAGAGCAGUGAUGUUUUGGGGCUGUCACUGGGCAACAUGGACUUUCAACUCCCUCCAAAGAUUUUCUAUGGAGUUGAGAUCUGGAGACUGGCUAGGCCACUCCAGGACCUUGAAAUGCUUCUUAUGAAGCCACUCCUUCGUUGCCCGGGCGGUGUGUUUGGGAUCAUUGUCAUGCUGAAAGACCCAGCCACGUUUCAUCUUCAAUGCCCUUGCUGAUGGAAGGAGGUUUUCACUCAAAAUCUCACGAUACAUGGCCCCAUUCAUUCUUUCCUUUAAACGGAUCAGUCGUCCUGGUCCCUUUGCAGAAAAACAGCCCCAAACCAUGAUGUUUCCACCCCCAUGCUUCACAGUAGGUAUGGUGUUCUUUGGAUGCAACUCAGCAUUCUUUGUCCUCCAAACACGACGAGUUGAGUUUUUACCAAAAAGUUCUAUUUUGGUUUCAUCUGACCAUAUGACAUUCUCCCAAUCCUCUUCUGGAUCAUCCAAAUGCACUCUAGCAAACUUCAGACGGGCCUGGACAUGUACUGGCUUAAGCAGGGGGACACGUCUGGCACUGCAGGAUUUGAGUCCCUGGCGGCGUAGUGUGUUACUGAUGGUAGGCUUUGUUACUUUGGUCCCAGCUCUCUGCAGGUCAUUCACUAGGUCCCCCCCGUGUGGUUCUGGGGUUUUUGCUCACCGUUCUUGUGAUCAUUUUGACCCCACGGGGUGAGAUCUUGCGUGGAGCCCCAGAUCGAGGGAGAUUAUCAGUGUCUUCCAUGUCUUCUAUGUCUUCCAUUUCCUAAUAAUUGCUCCCACAGUUGAUUUCUUCAAACCAAGCUGCUUACCUAUUGCAGAUUCAGUCUUCCCAGCCUGGUGCAGGUCUACAAUUUUGUUUCUGGUGUCCUUUGACAGCUCUUUGGUCUUGGCCAUAGUGGAGUUUGGAGUGUGACUGUUUGAGGUUGUGGACAGGUGUCUUUUAUACUGAUAACAAGUUCAAACAGGUGCCAUUAAUACAGGUAACGAGUGGAGGACAGAGGAGCCUCUUAAAGAAGAAGUUACAGGUCUGUGAGAGCCAGAAAUCUUGCUUGUUUGUAGGUGACCAAAUACUUAUUUUCCACCAUAAUUUGCAAAUAAAUUAAUAAAAAAUCCUACAAUGUGAUUUUCUGGAUUUUUUUCCCCUCAUUUUGUCUGUCAUAGUUGACGUGUACCUAUGAUGAAAAUUACAGGCCUCUCUCAUCUUUUUAAGUGGGAGAACUUGCACAAUUGGUGGCUGACUAAAUACUUUUUUCCCCCACAGUAUUGCAUCGUAUCAUUUUGACAAUAUCGCAAUAUUAUUUUUGUGCUAUUUUGCUAUACCUGCACCAGAACUGAUCAAAACUCAUUUUCACAUGGCUCUCUCUUGUCCCUCUGCAGCAGACAUAUGGGGAGAAAUAUGUUAGGAAUAUUGAAUCGCAAUGAAAUCACGGUAUCAAAUCGCAAUACAUAUAGAAUCGUGAGAAUCGCAAUACAUAUCGUAUUGGCACCAAAGUAUCGUGAUAAUAUCGUGAAGUCCCUGGCAAUUCCCAGGCCUAGUUAUAUGAUGAUGAAUCACCCAAGUGUAAAGUAUUGAAGAGGCUCAAGUUGAAAAUGUUAGCUUAUUUCUAAUGUCUUCUGCUAUAGUCGUUAUAGAUGAUCCUCCCCAUCCUGAAGGAUCAACAUGGCUUCUAUUAAGUGUAUUAAUACAAAGGUAAUACUGUGCAGAUGUUAAUUUGAUGCAGUAACGGUAAAGAGAACAUCUUGGGCGAAUUUCCGUUGGAAUCUUUCCCAGAAUGCAGCUGUCUGGCUCUGGCGGUGUCCAGUUAAAUUCGUUUCACAUCACUUACCCCCUCCCAGUAGACAAUAUCUGUCUGCAUUAAAAUGACUGCCCAUGCAUAAACAAAUGCAAAUCCCGCAGUGGGGCUGUUUUCACGCUAUUUCCAUAUUUUUUUCUAGCCCCCUUUCUUUGCCCUCACACUCCUCCUCCAUCCCUCCAUCCCCCCAUCCCUCUAUCCCUCUAUCCCUCUAUCCCCCUAUCCCUCUAUCCCUCCAUCCUCCCAUCCCUCCAUCCCUCCUCCCUCCAUCCUCCCAUCCCUCCAUCCCUCCAUCCUCCCAUCCCUCCAUUCCCCCAUCCCCCAUCCCUGUUCCCUUCUUUCACUAUUUUUGUAGAAAUUAUUUGAUGUCUGUUUUUACGCUCUUUUCUCCCUACUAAAGAGAGAAAAAGACGGUCCUUAUCUCCACAGCAGUGUGUGUCACAGCCCAGCUCCAAUUUUAUUCCUCCAUCUCACAGUCAGGUCUAUUCAGACUCAUUUAACUGAAAUCUAAAACUUCAAUCUCCCCCCUUUCGCGGAGCUUGAAGCGAGGCAGUAACUAACCGCCAAAAUACGGCUCUUUUUUUUCACCCUCUUCCCUUGCUCAUUUAGACUGAUCCUCCUAUUCCCUCUCUUCUUCAUCUUCUGCCGAAAGGCUUCUAGCCAAUCUUUGGGCUUCACAAGAGGUUAUCAAUGUGAUCUAUUGUGUACAAAGUAUUUCCUUCCCAUCUGGGAGAAGUAGAUAGAUAGAAACCUGUUAAAUCAAAUCAUCCCUCAAUCACAUUUUAAGCAGAGAAAGAGAGAGUAAUGAUAUGAUGGUGUACCUGCCAUUUUAGACUGUAAAGAGGCUGUGAUUGCUUGCUGCUGAAACCCCUCCACCUGCCAAGUCCUGGAUUCAGUUGUUCUCAGGAUUAUUUCUUUAGAGCUUUCUCAAAAAAAAUUAUCUGCAAAUGAGAGUUAAAUCGUUAACUUUUUAAGGGGACCCAAAUCUGAGAGGGACCGACUGAAUCCAGGCCUCCUUCCUCUUUUGUCUUAUUUCAGUGAUUGUCUUGUUUUUUAUGCCGCAAUAAAAAGCAUAUGUUUUACUUUUUUUUGUUGCAUAUCAGCAGUUCUUAGGCCUGAUAGCCUGAGCAGACACACUUGAUGUGAGUGGUGGCAAAGUGAGUCAUUGCACCGUGCCUGUAUCGUGGUUGUGUGGCCCCACUGGGUGAACGAAGUGGCCGUGCGUCUGUGUUCCACAUUACUCCUGCUUUCUUUUUUUUAAGGCUGGAAUGAAUGUUUUAUUCAUUGUCUCUUUUCUACCUCCACCUUAGCAUUUUUUUCUCUCAUAACCUGUGUUAUGAUGUUAUGUUGAUCUUGCUAUGUCGUUGCUUCCUGGCUAGCUACAUUAUCAGUGUGUUGUUGCUGGAUGUGUAAUUUUCUUUUUUUUUCCUUUCUCAUUUGUCGAAUAUUGUUCAGGAUAACUUCCGUAUUGGCUAUGAUAAUGUCAGACAUGAUGAUGCAAAAUGAAAACAUACAUGAUAGAAAACGACUUCAAAUUUCAACCUCUUGAACUGUAUAUUAUGUAUAAAUAUGAAAAUAUAAACAUAAAAUAUCGAGAUAGCAACUAUUGCAAACACUUAACAGUGAAGUGUCCUGAGCAGUAUUAAACUGUAUUGUAUUGAUUGUGAUUUAAUAUUGAUUAUAAACAUUUAUCAGUGAUAUCUAAUCCAGGUGUCGUACCUCUCGUUGCAGGGCAGCACUCUCUGACCCACAGCAGGGACAUCAGUGCCAUGGACACCCUCCCCCUCAACGGAAACUUUAACAACUGCUACUCCCUGCGUGACCAUGACGAUGACUAUGAGGACGUUGUGGGCGGGGGCGUGGUUGGGGGUGUGGUCUGCGGCCCGGGGGACCAGGGGGGCCUCAGCCUGGACGAUGCUGCCUUCGAGAAGAUGAUCAUCUCUGAGCUGGUCCACAACAACCUGAGGCCCCGCGGGCCCCCCAAGGGCCACAACCCCCACCGGGAUAGCAGGGAGAGGGACAGGGACCGGGCCCCUCCCCAGACCAGGGUGACUGUGGACAGGGAUAGGGGUUGUGGGGGUGGAUGCGGCAGCAAGGAUGAUGCCAUAGUGGCGAACCAUGCUGAGGCUUCGUCCCCCCAGAGAGGUAGUAUAGUCGGGGUAAUUGGAGGCGGUCACCCCACCCUGGAGUUGCUGCUGCACCCCCACCACAAGGAGGCGUUAGAGGCCCCCCUCCUGCCCCAGAGGACUCACUCCCUGCUCUACAGCGCCCACAAGGCCCCCAGGAGGGUUGUGGAGGGGCCUGGGGGCCACGGCUCCAAGACAGUGGGGGCGACGGAGGACAGGGACUCCCAGUCACCCAACAAUAACAGGGACUCCCUGUACACCAGCAUGCCCAACCUGAGAGACUCUCCCUCAGCCUCCCCCUCGGUCUCACCCUACCCCGCCGAUGAAGCCGACGACCUGUCCCCUUCCCCCAGGAGCGAGGGGGAGGACCUGUACCAUAAGAGCAUGCCUGAGCUGGGCGACGGGCCCCAGCCCCUGUCCUACUACCACAUAAACCGGGGCACCAGCGAUGGGUGCAUUGUGACACCCAGCGCUGAGGACUGUGAACCUGAGGGAGAGGGCCCCCAGGAUGGACAGAUGCAGCUCAUUACCAGCCUCUGAGCAGGUGGAUGGAGGAAGGAGAGGAAGCACCUCUCUGGUGUUUUUGCACAGGUUUGAACAUAUGUACUGUAUGUGUGUGGGCUUUGGUUGAUGUCAAGACUAUUGCCAGCCCUCACCGGUCCUCCUCCCAGUCCUCCUCUGCACUCCUAAUGACCCGUCAGAGGAGGAAGUUAAAUGUUUGUGGGUGG